UUGUAUUGCUUGAUACAACCUCUGCAAUUGGAGAGCUAGGAUGGAAAACCUAUCCUCUAAAUGGGGUAAGUCUAUCUAUUUAGAUUUUCAUUAUUCUGCAUUUGCAGUUUUAAAAUAAAGUCAAACAAAUGGGCAGUAACUUUGAGGACUAAUGCAGUAGGGACAAGUGUACUCAGCUCUAUGAAAAACUGGGAUUUAGUAAAUAUUUCUAAUAAUAGAACUGCAUACAUAAAAGGCUAUACAUACAAAACAGCAUAAAUAUUUAUGACAGUUAGGAUUUUUGUUGUUAAGGUGUGAAUAUCUUUUUUGCAACCUUGUGAAAAUCAUGAUUUACAGUUUUAAAAAGUAUAUGAAUGUAAUUGAAUGUUAUACUUCAAAUCAUACUGAGCAUGAUUUAAAAUGUAUAUUAGGGCUAUCUGAAAAGUGUAAAUAGGAAAUUUCCCUACUUGCUGUUAAGAAUAUGAAUGUUACCUAGAUUUUGUUUUGUCAGGUUUAAAAGUUCAUUAUUGCAAACAUUAACCCCAGUUCAAUGAACCAUCUGCAAAACAGGGUCCCAUUGCUAGCCAUGGAAGUCAUGGAUCAGCAAAUGCAAGCUGUUGCUUAACAAGGGGAAAGCCCUAGCUGCACUUGCAUUAGUCAGCUGUUGGAGUCUGGCCGUGAUGUUAUGCAAAUAUAAAAUACUGAGGAUACAAAUUGUUGGGAGUGCUUUAUGAAGCCUCAGCUGUCAUAGCUGGGGAACUGCUAGUCUUGCCACAUUUUGUUAUAAGUUAUUGCAACACUCCUAUUUGUAGAAAUGAAACAAAGUUUGAGAAUACUAUGGGUAUGCAAUGAACCCAUGGAGUGAUUCUGUACACCUGUUUCAAUCUUGGUAGGAGACCAAUAUAUAAACAUGAUAGCUGCAGUAAAUAAAACAUGAACAGCAAAAUAAUCAGAUCUAGCCUAGCCUUUCUUCAGUAGGUCCAUUCGCUCCUUCUCGGACAGGAGGCUUUGCAGGCGAGCCCCGGGGUUCCUCUGUGAACUGGCCUAUUACAGGCUGGAUCAUCCUUCUGCUGCCAAAUUGGCCAGUGGCGGCAGGAAUUAGAGGACAUUCCCCUGGGCAUGGGACCAACUGACCAAUAACGGCACUUGGCCCCACACCCAGGGCAAAAAUAAUUUCCCAGCCUGCUGGGCCUUUUGGCUUCUCUCUUGGCAAUCCUUCCAGGACUGCCAACUUGACUAAAAUAUUGGGGUGGCUCAGGUAAGCCCUGCCCCACAUAAUAUAUGACGCAGUGCACGCACACACUACUUGAAUGGCAAUGCCCAUAAACAUGGGAGGAGUGCCUCCUCAAAUAUUUUAUUGGGGAGGGGCGAAGGGACCUCAGCCCCUAGGAGUUGGUUCCUACAGCUCCUUUUGACGUUACAUUACUGGUGUAUAAGCCACUGCGGUAUGUAGUCUACUCACUGUGGUCAGGUAAUGUCAAAAGUAAUGUCAUGUGAGAAUGACAAGUCCAUGAUGUGGCGCCUUCAGAUUCUAGCAUUGUUGAAAUUUUCAUAAUGGGCACCUCUGGUGAACCACUUAUCUCCAGCUUUGCUUAUGUGAUCUCAAUCUUAUGGCACUAUUAAGGUAUGAAGGGAUUAUUAAAAAGGUCUUGGAAUCAGCUUCUGCUUGGCAAAUGGAAGUAACUUCUUGCAAAAAAGAAUAUUGACAGUCCACAUGCUUUUCUGUGCAUAGCAGUACCUAUAAAACUAGGCCCUAUAUGUUUACAGCUGGAAGUAAGUGGCAGGAGUGCUCUCAUGAUUAAAACAUAAAGGUGGGAGCACCUGUAAAUUCAUAAUUCAAUUUGAUUGGUGCAUGUGAGAGAUUGAGAAAAGGAGAUUCCGCCCCCCUCUAGAAAUCAUUAGUUCUUCACUUCAGAGAUCAGGUUACGCUUUCCACUUGGCUAGUUCACUUAACAGCACAUUGGAGGAACUUGUAUAGUUCAACUUUUAAUUAAGAUGCAAUAUAUUUAAGCACUUAAUCCAUUUUAUAGAUUAGGUUCUUAUCCUGAGAACUCUUUAAAUUAAGCAAUUCUGUUGGCAGUAUAUAAUUUAUUUUUAUGUGUUGUGUUGCCUUUUCAAUGCUGAGUUUUUAUGACGAUGCUUGAGAUGGUGCAAAAUAAUCAGAGAUGUGGGGCACAUAUCACUGUGCAACUCCUUUUCAAUUUAGUGGGUUUUGUGCAGCAGAACGUCCUGCUUGGUUGUGUGCACAGAGUAUUGAAAGUAGUUUAAUUUUUGUUUCCUCCUUUGGCUCUUUUUUUCUAGGAAUAUAUAUUAUAUUUCCUCAAUACCGAAAUAUAUAUUUUUUAAGUUCUUUUAGUGACUUUGCCCUUAGGGACUUUAAGCAAUAUGGCAUUUCUUAAUCUUAGACUGUUUUCAAGUUUAUGGAUUUAAUUUUUCAAGGUUUUACAAUCCUUUUUAUUCUUGGGUUGUAUUUCCAGUCUAUUAAUAAGUACAAUUUACAUUUGCAGUCCUCUGUAUUUUAUAUUUUUAACUCUGAAAUGUGUUUUCCUUGGAAAACAGAGAGAAAACAAGAUGUGGUAUACUGUAUUUAUUAUUAUAUUCAUCUGCAGAAUCCUUCUUAAAAUCAAUAGGAUGAUAAGAGGAAGAUGACUCCAAUUUUUAAAACUAAUUCAUCUUCAUCUGAGAUUAAAAGUCCCACCAGAUUACUCCUUAAUUGAUGCUGGUAGUAGCCAGAUGAAACUGGGUGUUUUGAAGGAGAUGGCAGAGCUAGGGUCAAAGAGCCACUGCAUUCUAAACCAGUCAAGUUAAUGGCAAUGAGCCUAAUUUAGGCCUAUCGGCCUGCAGUUAGAAUUAUACAGUACUAACACUCACCUUCCACUCAGAUUGGCAGAAGUAACAGGACUCUGAAGGCGGCAGAGAUUCCACCACUCUUUACUGAUAAAAUAAAAUAAAAUACAAAUUGUAAUGUAAAUUACCAAAGACUUGUUCAGAAGGGAAUGGGAAAUGAAAAUAUAUUGAGAUAGAGGGAGAAAUAUGGGAUAAUGAACAAAAAAUGGCUGCUUAGUGUGCAAGGGGAAAGAGGUGACAUGCUGAUGUUGAAAGUCUGAGAGGGAGACUAAAUUAGAGAAAUGAAAGAGCAUGAUAUUAUCUUCUUACAUUUAUCCUUCCUUUAUGAUUUAUCCAAAGCAUGCCAAAGAGUAGGAAUCCUCAGUGUUGGCACCUAAAGGGAUCUUCCGUGUGAACGUAAGGGCAGGGUGAUAAUCUUUACUUUUCAAAAUGGGGUGGAGUGUUAGCCAAUAACCAGUUUCCUGAUUUGGACAUAAUGGAAAGGUAUAGUUAACAGAACACAUGAAUGGAGGAGCAAAGCAGCUGAGUGUGGGGAGAACAAGGCUAAUUUACAUCUUGGAUUAUUAAAUUGAGAGAUGACUGCUGAAACCCAACCAUACCGUUGAAAGCCUGAGGAACCUCCACCCCACACACCUAAUUAGAACUAGCAGGGGUCCUAAUUUGGCCGCCAAGGAAGUUUUCCCCAAGCCAUGCCUACAUCUUCCACAUCUGGCAUUUUAUAUGAAUUGGGCUGCAGCCACACACAGAGAGACCAAGAGGAAAAAUUAUCGGCAUUAUUUUUUUUUUGAGAGGUGAAAGUUUAAUACCACCAGUGAGUGAUAGAGGUUAUUUCAGCUGCUAAGAGAGUCUGUUAGUCUUGUUUGAAAUUCACUAAUAUUAAUUAAACCCUAGAAGUGAGCAUUAAAAAUAGCUCUGAAUAGGUCUAUAUGAAUAACUGAAUUCGGCAUAUUCUGUUUCUUUGUAAAAAUUAGAGGCAUACAUUUCUGAAAACUGUCAAGUUUAGACCCUUAUGUUGAUUACAUGACUGCUCUUUAAAAUGAUAUCCAGACAUUCUGUUUUAUUAUUUCCACCCAUCUGAAGAAAUUAAUGAAAACCCAGUAACAAAUUCCUAUACUUGAUUCUGGGGGGAAACAAGCAAAUUAGAGAAGACCAAACUGCUUGCUACUCCCCACUAUUCCAACAGCUUCCUCACUACCUUCAGUGUCUUCUUUCUCCCCCAAAUCUGUACUCUCUACUAUCAUUUAUCACUUCUGAAUAGGUGGCGGGGGGGAUAUCAUGUGUAUUAGAUAAAGCUUCAGAACUGCUGGAAAGAGCUAUGAAGGGUUUGCUUUCUGGUGUGCUGCUUCGCUCAGUGUUUGAAGUGACAAUUUUCCACAUGUUUCAAUCAUUUGUUAUUUUCUCACUUUUAUAAUUCCAUAAGCAGGAUUUGGGUUCAAUAUUUCAGAAAAGGGCCCAGAAAGUUAUUUGUCAUUGGACCUACUAAAAUCAGAAGGCCAUUUCAUGAAAUGUGCAUGUAGGCUGUGUGGUAAUACUGCCAUGAGAGAGAGAGAGAGAGAGAGAGAGAGAGAGAGAGAGAGAAACAUCUUUGAAAGAUCAGGUUUAUCUUUAGAACUGUGUUAAUCAGAAAUAAGGUGUAGUCAGUUAUGGAUUUGGAAGAAAUAGGUAGUACCUGGCAAUUCUGUACAACAGUGGUUUCUGGUGUAUUGAAACUCCAUUCAUGUGAUUCUUGCCUAGAGCUGACAUUUCGUGAUCCAGGUGCAUAACUUUCAAUUUUUUAUUUUAAAUUUUACUGGAAAUUUUAUUUACAACAUAACAUAAACCCCCACCCCAAUACAGAAAUCCACCCUCAUUAAACAUGAACAUAACAUACAAUAAGCAUAACAUACAACAAUGCAAACAACCAAAUAAAAGACUUCAUUUAUCCUGUAUCUGGCUUCCUUAUUUACUUCUUAUAAGCUGUUUCCUUUUGAGUAAUUAUUCAGAUUUUUCUAAAUUAUAACUUAAAUAUCCACAAAGUCUCUUGCAGACAUUAAUCAAAACAAGUCCAGGUAUGUAUUUUAGGGCCAGGUGCAUAACUUUCAAAUAUCCUUAUGUGAGAGAUAAAUGGACAUAGGAAGCUGCCUUAUACUGGCUUUAUCCAGUGGCCUACCUUACCUCAGUAAUGACUAUGCUGACUGGCAGCUGUCUCUACUAUAAGGUUCCACUGUUUCUUUCAAGUGUUUCCUUUCCAGUCCUAUUGUCUGCUACCUCCCUUACCGACCAUGGUCAAGAGCAGAGUGGUGAGCAGGGCAAGGGCAGGAGUAAGUCCACCUAAAGUUGCUACUUUUCUUUCUUUCUUCAGCAGGAUUGCUCUGUCUUAAACAGGUUGAAAUAUAUCAGGCAACACUUUUCCCUGAAUGGAAAUGCAGUGGUGGAGAAAACUGAAUUUUGGCUGUUACGCAGCUUUUAUUUAUUGUUUGAAUAAGUACAUAAGAUAAAUAAGACUAGUUCAAGGUAGCUAACACGAAACAAGAUGUCAAAGCAACAUAAACAUGCAAAAGUAAAAAACUUGAAACACAAAGCUAAGACCAGUGGAAUAAAAAAGAAAUCAUCCAACUAAAACCAAUUUCAGCAGAGCUUUUCUUUUCUUUUUUAAGUCUCAUCAAAUAAAAAUACUUAGGAAUCAAUGCUGUUUAUAGGAAAAAGGAAUGUCGGGUUUUUUGUUUGUUUUACUGCCCAGUAAAGGGACAUUAGCAAAGAGGCAAAACAGACGUCCCUUAGAAGUUCCAGAGCUUAGGUGCAGCCACUGAAAGAGCCCACUCCCUAAGUUCCCUACAACCACACAUUCACCCGAGGAAGUUGGGGCAUUCAAGAGGGCCUCCACUGAAGAUUUAGCAGGUUAAUAUUAAAGGAAUAAGAGCCUUGCUAGGACUAGAGGUGCUAAAUUUACUCUCACUGUAGCUUCAAAAUCCAUAGCUUUCAUCUCAGUGGAUCAAUUUGAAGUUUACAUUUUCAAGGCUAUCUUUACAAGGGGAAGGGCAACAAACAUUAUUUUAUUUUUAAAUGAAUGCUGAGCCUGGAAUCCACAUGGUGCCAGUGUUAAAUGGGGAAUUUCUUGUGAAUCUUCCAGCACAUCAGUAAGCUGUGCUUACUUUUUUAUAUGCACACCUGUGUCUAAAAUAGCUAAUUAGAACACAUCUGCAUUGAACAGUCUAGUGUGAGCACCCCAGAUUGUUUGGCUACAGCAGGACUCCCGAGAACAUGUAAUCCCUGUGAUUGCAGCUAUUGUAAAUGCUUCCUUGUCAGUUAGCAAGCUUCCGAUGAAAUUAACCACAGAUGUAAUUACUUCACUUCAUAAAUGUAUUCCACUCCCUGGUGAGCUCUUCUAAGGCUCUGAAUAAUUUCCAGUUGCUGAUUUAUUUAUUUAUUUAAAAGUUUGAGGAAGGAGUCUAUGGUGCUAAAUUUAUCAUACUAUGCAAACAGUUGUUUCAUAUUGUUGAUUUUGAGGAUUUUGUGGUUUGUUGCUUGCUUCCAGUUGAUGUAUGAUUUUGCUCUUUCCUUUUAUAAUGAUUCACAGUAUAUUUUUCACUCAACCAUAGAAUAUUUGUCUUUUCCUAAACCAAUUUGAUAACAUUGUUAGGCUCUCUGGCAUCUCACUUUCGCUCUUCCCCUCUCCCUCUCUUUGCAUUGUUUAUCUCAUAGCUGUCAGUCCACUAGCAGUUUGUUAGCUAUGAUCAUUUGUCUUGAAGUGAUACAUGUUUGUAGCUUCUCAAGGCUUUUAGGACCAAACUAGAUGUAUCAUUAGAAACCACACCAUGAAUUUUCCUUCUGAAACAGCAAGUGUGGACACUUUGCAUUGCUGAUGAAAGUCACACCUCCCCAUGUGGCCUCUUGGGACAUAUUUAGUGGCAUGUCUGAUUUCAUCCUUAGACAAUGGCCAAUCUGGGAGGACACACUCCGCCUUGACCCUGAUGAGCCAAGAUUGGCUUGCAGACCAGAGGUUCCUUGCCUCUGAUGUAGGUCAGUCCCUUAUUGAAAGGCAGUAUGUCCUUUGUUUAAAAUUGUGGUAGGAACCUGCAGCUUCAAUUGCAAGUAGCCUUCAGUGUCCAAAAACACUAUACACAUUACAGCCCACUCUUGUUCUCCAGAUUGCAUUUCUGACAUCACUUCUCUCUCUCUCUCUGUGUGUGUGUGUGUGUGCGUGUGUGUGCAUGCUCAAUUCUAUUCUGUUUGCUAAAAGAAAUUGAUUUGGUUUGAAUAUUCACCAAGUUGGAAAAGUACAGUUUGUAUGUUUAUAGUCACACAGACAAUAGUGAAAAGGGCAGUAAGUGUAAAGAAUAAGAAGUCUACUUGAAUAUUUGAAAUCUUGGGAAAGAUGGGAGAUGAGCUUGUAUACUGAACAUAAUGAGCUUGUAUACUGAACAUAAAGUCAAUGUUUAUGGAAAUUCAUAUCUGUAUAUGUUCUGAUAUAUUUUAGAGGCUAGGGAAAUUUAUUCAGAAUCACCCCCUGAAGCUAUCAAGUGGAGUAGUUGCAUGUCACUGCCUCAGAAAUGUUUCAGAAAUUGCCAUGUUUCCACAGGUAUCAUGAUGCAGGAGCAAAGUUCAAGCACUUGUCAUUAGAGAUUCUGUUAUUUUCAAAAAGACUCAAACUCUCCUUUUAGCCACAAAGUUGGCACCUUAUAGCUAGGUGUCUAACCAUGUUAAAUGUAGCACUACAGCAUUGUAUGUAUCAAAUCUGAAGAACCAUUGAGUAUCAGGCUCAAAAAAUAAAUACACAUUUUUGUGAUUUUCAUUAUCUCAUCCAUCCACAUAGGUAAGUUGUUAAGAUUUCUAUUCUACAAAUUGGUGAGGCUGAGAUAUAAAAGAUUGUCCAAUACCAUUUAGUACAUCAAGGGUUGUUCUGGAAUUCUCUCUCAUAUUUGGGAAUAGCAGCCUGUCUACUUGGUAGCAGAGAAUGCCUGUGUAACUGAAGCUAUCACUCUAAAAAAAAUUUAAAAUGAUGUUGUUACAUUAAGAACUGGGCAGCCUGGAUUCAAGUAUGCUAGCUCCUGCAGUUUCUGAGUUGCUCCAUAUUUUAAAAUUAAAACUAUUUUAUUAUUAUUUUAUAAUCUGUAAAGGUUAUUUCCCCACUUUAAAUUAAAAUUUUAAAAUUUUAUUAUUAUUAUUAUUUGUUUCAUGUGAGCUGCCCUGAAAGCUUUUUUUGUUCUGAAACUGAAGGGCACAUUUAAGAAUUUUAAAGAAAGCAAAACCAAAUCAAUGCUUGUUGCCAAACUGAAGGGCACUGCUUGUAGAAGGGACCCGCCUAAGGAGGUCAAAGGAGAUGUACUGUGGGAAGGGGAAGAGGGAGGAAGGCAGGCAGCGGGGGAAGGGAGGGAGCAAGCAACAAGCUGAGGGAACUGCUGGCUUCCCUGAACAGCCUACAGACUUAGACAUCAACAAAAACCUAGUGUGCGUGUUGCUGCAGGCACUGGCUUACAUCUGAACACUAGAGACACAAACCUUGUCCUACUCAUCUGAUGACAUCUGCAGCACUAGUAUGGAGGCCAUCUAACAGUUUCUGUGUAGAAAAUUAGGAACUGAGUUGGAAAGCGACCUAAGAGAGACUUUGGUGGAUGGAGUCAGCAGGAUGGUAGCAAAAUAUGCAGAGAAUGAAGCUGAAUGACAGACAAAAAAAAUCAGGUGAUACCAAACUGGGAGGGGUAAUUAAUGUUGCAGAAGACAGAAUUGGGAUUCAAACUGACCUUAACAAAUUAGAGAACUGGGCCAAAACUAACAAAAUGAAUUUCAGUAGUGACAAAUGUAAGGUUCUGCACAUAGGCAGGAAGAAACAGAUGUACAAAUAUAAGAGGCGGGGGGACCUGGAUUACUAGUAGAACAUGUGAAAAGUAUCUAGCGGCCUUAGUGAACCACAAGGUUAACAUGAGUUAACAGUGUGAUGCAGCAGCAAAAAAACUAAUGCUAUUCCAGGCUACAUAAACAGAAGUAUAGUGUACAGAGUGUAUUCUGCCUUGCUGAGACCACACCUGAAAUACUGUGUCCAGUUCUGGGUGCCACAAUUUAAGAAGGAUAAAUUGACAAGCUGGAACUUGUGCAGAGGAGGAUAUCAGGAUGAUCAGGGGUCUGGAAACCAAGCCUUAGGAGGAAUGGUUGAAGGAGCUAGGUAUGUUUAGCCUGGAUAAGAGAAGACUGAGAGGAGAUAUGAUAGCCAUCUGAAGGGCUGUCACAUGGAAGAUGGGGCAAGCUUGUUUUCUCCUGCUCUGGAGGGUAGGAGUCAAACCAAUGGCUUCAAGUUACAAUAAAGGAGAUUCUGACUAAACUUAAACAUUGGGAAGAACUGUCUUACAGUACGAGCUAUGUCACUAUGGAAUGGACUCCCUCAGGAGGUUGUGGACUCUCCUUCACUGGAGGUUUAUAAGCAAAGGUUGGAUGGUCAUCUGUCUUGGAUGCUUUAGUUGAGAUUCCUGCAUUGUAGGGGGUUUGACUAGAUAACCUUUGGAAUCCCUUCCAACUCUACGAUUCUUUGACAUUUCUGGAGUACAAGAAGCAGACGUGGCCAUGGAGCAGAUACUGGCUGACACGUACAAGAACAAGUUCCUUCAAAUGGCCUGCGAGUCACACCAGCAAGAUCUUGGUUGUGAGUCCUGAAGACCUGCUCCCAGCUUUACAAGCCUUUUCCCCACCUGGUCUGGGCGGGUGGGGCCCUGACUGACUCUAGCUACAAAAGCUGCUAAACACACUCUUGGGCUGUGGUAUUGUUUAGGGUGCUUUGUUUGGUUUGUUGUUGUUGUUGUUAAUGCUAUUAAUUUUUGUAUCUUUAGUUUUCGAUCUUAUGACUUAUGUGGAUAUUAUUUCAAUUUGGUUGUGUACUUUUUGAUGUGUUCUGCGACUGGACCUAAUGGUCAGGGGUCCCUUUACCUUUUCAUUUAUGAAUUUUGUUAUGUUUGUGAUUAUGUUGUAAGUUGCCUAGAGCAUGGUUUUAACUAUGGGAAAGCAACAUAAUAAUAAAAUGAUGGUGACGAUGAUAAAAACAGGAUUAAGAUGCACUUGGCGCACUAAACAUCUGGUCCAGUACUGAUUCUACUUAGCAACCUCACAUAUAGCUCAAUGAUCCAAUGUUGACUUUAUACUGGUUAUUUAAAUUCCUCCACAGUGCAGUGUCAUUGUGGUCUGAGGCAAAUAUAUCCUCAACCACCACCACCACCACCCGUCCUGCAGAAAAAAUAUGCAGCUAUUCUGGAGCCUUUCACAACUGAGGUGGCAUCUAUCAGCUGAAGAGUGACUGGCUGGUUCUUGGAAAUGCCUAGUCUGGUGUUGAAGGUUUUUGCCCAAUGUAUUUCAAGGUCCCUGCACUAAUGUCCUUCGAGUUGCACAAUAUUAAGACCUAGCACUUCAUGAACACAAUGCCCUAUAUGGGAAACUUUUCAAGGGUUGUGUUAUGUACUGAGUUGAAUAGGAUCCAAACUGCAGCAGUCUGAUUGGUCCUAGAACAAUAGGAUCCAAAAUGCAGCAGUCUGAUUUGUCCUAGAACAAUAGGAUUCAGAAUGCAGCAGUCUGAUUGGUCCUAGAACAAUGCAGCAAUAUGAUUGGUUGGCAGGAACCACCCAAUCAGGCUCCAGAUAGAAGUGAAUCCACAACCUGAUAGGCUUACAGUAGAAUUCCGGAAUUAGCCAAUCAUGUGCAGCCCAUUGUGUAAACAACGUAUAUAAAGCAGAUACUUGAGGGGACAUUCAUUCAUUCCUCCUCACCACUAUGAGCUGAAUAAAGAGCAUGAAAUCACUUUGCGACUCUGAGUAUAUUUCAGGUUGCAUUAAUGGUCAAUGACCUGUCAGGUAAUUAUGGAUAAAAGCACAGGCUGUCUUUAUCCAUAGUUCCCAACUUUCUUCAUCUUGUGGUCUGCACCUUUUAAAAUCACGUUUAGUUUUGUACAAUAUGCUCUUCCUGUGAUUUAUAUUGUCAAUAUAAGUAAUUAAAAAGAGCAAUUAGCACGUAAUAUAUGAAUGCAACCAGUUCACUGCACCAGUAGAUAUUUUUGUUUCCCUAAUUAGGGCCUUUCUGUGUUGAGAAAUAUGUUAGUAUCCAUUUCAAGUCAUAAUGGCUUAAAGGGGUUGAUGGAGUUCCUUUUUAACUCCAGCAUAGCUAAAGAGAUUGCUUUGGCUCUCUGUUUCAUGUGGGAUAGCUAAGGGGAUUGACUUUAGCUCCCUGAUUCUUGCCAUGAUGAUUAAGGGGAUUUGCUUAAAUACCCCAUUUCAUGUGGUAUAGCUACUGUAAAAGGAUUAGCUUUAGAUCUCAUUUUCAUGUGGGCUAGCUAAAGGGAUUAGCUUUAGCUCCUCAUUUCAUGCCACAGUAACUAAGGGCAUUUACUGGAGCUGCCCAUUUAGUUGCUCUAAGGACUCCUGCCUUUUAUAACAGCUUUAUCUUUUCCUACUAGUAUCAGAUAAAAAUAAUCAGGUUGUAAGUGUAUUUUUAUUCCAGUUACCACACACUACAUGGCACUUAAUUUUUUUUCUUAAAGUGAUUAACCUAGCACCUUUUCUGUGUAUGGAUUUAAAACAAGUCAUAGUAGCUCUGACCAUCUCUCAGCCGAUUAACAGUGCUUUUUUUCCUUUAAAAAAUGUUUAGGGGUACUCUCAUUUUGGCUCAAGAAAAUCACCAUUUUAUAGUUCAAAUCAGGAAGAGUAAAUACAGUGAAUGGACAAAAGUACAAAUAUUCACAAAACGUUUAGCAGGUAUGCGUACCCCUGCAUACCCCCAGAAAAAAUGCACUGCUGAUUAGACAUCCUCCUUUUACACCCUUCCUAGUCUCUGCAUUCAACAUGCUAUGUUGUCUGCACUCCCUCUAAUGUCUCCUUACUCCACUUCUAUGUUCACAAAAUCUGCUGUCCAGUUCCUUCUAUCUCUUAUUCACUCAUCCCAUAAUUGUCACUAAUUGGAACCUUGUUUUUCUAUGUUUAUAGACAUAGACUCACAAUAUGAAUACCAAUUUACAACUUUGGGGAUUGAGUGUGAAACGCAGAAGCUUUCCCUAGGCCAUUUCUGGAACUCGAUCCCAAAUUCUCCCUGACUCCAGUUCCACUGGUGUAUCCAUUAUUUAUUUUUCUCUUUCCUAUAAAAGAAAAAAGUAAAACCAGGAAGACAUUAGCAAUGUAACAUGAUAUUUACAACACAUAAUGGUUUUAAUUUUGAAACAGAGAAUUCAGGGGUAUCUUGUUGGCAUUAACUUGCCAGUAUAGCACAUCCCAAAUAUGUCAUGAUGCCAAGCAUAAAGGAGCAAACAGGUGUUACUGCAAUGACUACCGUAAGGUUUUAUCUUUGGGGAGGUCUUUUCACAGAUUGCAUUAAACUUAGUAACUUUCACAUUCUUUAAACUGUAUAAGAACAUUAACUUGCCAUCCACACACGCACAUAUAAAAUGCACGGUUUUUCUCCCAAGCAAUAUUGCCAUAUGCACCAGUAAACAUCAAUGAGAGUUAUGUAUAAAUAAUAAGGGGCCGAAUUGCAGCUUUUGUGGAUAACAUCUAAAAGCUAAAUAUAAAUAAAUAUGCACAGAUUUCAAAGAAAGUAAGACACUAUAUAUUACAGUUGUGAUGAUUUGUGAAUAGAUGCUGGGCUCUGUGCUGGACACUAAAUGGGCAUUUAAAUUCUUUCCAAUGGCAGUCCUUUUGAUGUACUGCUACUAGAUAAUGCGCCUUUAUUAAAAUUCAGAGUACAUUUUAUACCCUACAAGUAGGAAUAUUCAGGGGGGAAAGAUAUGGCACUUCAGUAAGAAAGCAAUAGCUCAGUAGUAGAGCACAUGCUUUGCAUUUAUAAAGCACCUUCUUCAGUCCCUUGCUUCUCCAGGACAGGGAGGAAUCUUUGGAGGCUGGACUGGAGAAGCCCUCUGCUGAAGACACUAGAGCAGGCAUAGGCAAACUCGGCCCUACAAAUCUUUUGGGACUACAAUUCCCAUCAUCCCUGACCACUGGUCCUGUUAGCUAGGGAAGAUGGGAGUUGUAGUCCCAAAACAUCUGGAGGGCUGAGUUUGCAUAUGCCUGCACUAGAGAAUCAUUGCCAAUCAGAGUAAGCAGUGGUAGUUGAGGUUAACCAAAGGCAUAUCAUAGCAAGUAGAAACAAGCCUAGAAGCAAAUCCAUAUUCAGUCUCCCCUUCCAUUUUUCUGUAAUAUCUGGUAUUCAGAGGUAUACUUCCUCUGUCCCACUUACCUACCUUGGCUCAGCGCCCAGCUUCAACUUCUUCCUCCUGGAAGCAUGAUUGGUGUCAACACUUAGCAUUUCGGCAUCAGGUAAAAGUGUACUUGUUUGCCCAAGUGUUUGCGGGAUUUUAGCCUGCCAUUGUAAUGAGUGCCACUGUAGGUUCUCUAGGGUUUUUUGAGUGAUUUGUAUUGUUGCUUUCUCUGCUAUUUAUUUGUUUUUGUGUUUGUGGUUUCAAAUGAAGUGUAGUGCACCCUGAAAACUUUAGAUGAAGGGUUGGCUAAAAAUAUAUUUCAGAAAUAUAUUGUUUUACUUAUUUGACAUCGUUCCCGCUUCCCAUGAAAUUCCUUUUGUGUUUUGAAAAAUGUUGGAUUUGAUGGUAUCCUUUACCUUCUUUAAAACCUAUUGCUUAAGGUCCCUAUGUUUCUGGGUGCCUGCUUUAUAUUUUUAGUCAGACAUGGGAGUAAGGAGUGUGUAUGCAUAUUAAUUAUACACAGUUGACAAAUGCCCAUUAUACAUUGUUUCCUGUCCCUGGGAACUGUCAGAUAUUCUGGGUAUCAUGGAAACUGCUCUGGAAGAAGGAAAAGCUUCUUUUCAGAUUCAUUUAAAAUAUUGCUAUUUGUACUUGCAUAUUUUGUUCUGCUAAAUUUAUAUUGUUCAAGUGAAUUUGCAAUGAUUUUAUUGACUAAAAAUGCAAAUUAUAUUAAUAAACAUGCAUGCACAUAACAUUUGAUACAAUAGACGUCUUGACAGCACACCUUCUUGGCUGAGCUCUAUUGUUAAAUCUUAUUUGGACUGUGGGAAGACUUCAAAGAUAUCCCACUUAAGCAAGUUGUAAGAUUGAAAAAUGUAUUCCUUUUUCCUGCUCCUUACAGUUUAUACAUGGUAUAACACAUCUUGGCACUGUGCGUUGUUCCACAGUUUCAUUUGCCUUGAUGUAAUCUUGCACAUGGUAAAGCUCUACCCAAUGGCUUCAAUAUACAUAAAUAUGUUUGCACUUUAAAAACUGCCUCCUGAAUUAACUAAGUGAAUGGUGAGCCUCUUAUAGAAGGGGAAACUGUGUGUAUGCAGUGGAACUCCUGGACUGAAAAGGAAUCACCGAAUUAGGACAAUUAUCUCAUUUCCCAGGUUACCAAUCACAACUAUACACUUCUAUUAUUUGCUGAUAGCCUUGAACAGUUUAGGCAGCAAACAUGUCCUAGAGAGACAAGCCUAAUCUAUACAUUAUUUCUUCAUAUGCACCACAAAUAGAAACAAGAAAAUGUAAAGCUAAUACAUUUCCUUACUUUCCUUAGACACUUUUGCUUGUUUAUGCAUUUCUGAAUCAAGGUCACUGUAAUCACACUAGUCACUCCUGGAUACUUAGAAAGGUGUUGUUUUCUAUUUGAUUCAUCAUUCUUUUUUCCUAAACUAACAUUAUAAAGAUGCUGACCAACAUAGUAUUUAAGAUGGAGAAUUAUUGAUCUUGAGAUUUUAAAAUUCCCUUUAAAGUUAAAAGUAUUUUUAUUAAUUAUUAAAUAUAAAAGCGUACACAAUCUUCCUACCAUUAUUUUAGUUUGUUUGUGUGUUCCCACCACCCCUUUUCAGUAUAUGACAAAAAACAAUGUGAACUUUAGGCUAUAUUCUAGUGCUUAUUUUUGGAGAACAUGGAGUUGUAAUUACACUGUUUUCCUGUGGUAGAUUUUUUCUAUAAUAUGGCUCCUAUAGCCUGGCACAAAAUCCUGAAAAAGCCAGCUAUUUCUCUGAGAAAAAGAGAGGAACUAAAUGUUUCUAAAAGCCUAGGUUCCCAAACCAUCAUUUGCUAAUAUAUUUACUUAUUGUAAGUAUUUAUCUAUCCUGCCCUUCCAUGAAUCAUUCCAAGGAGAAUUAAGAUAAUGAAAAAUAGACAAUUAUCAAGUACAAAAAUAAAACCCAAUAAACAUGUUAAAAUGACCAAAAGCAGACAAAUUAUUCACAAAAAUUGUAUCAAGUGCAUAACACAAAUAAUCUUAAGAGUACAGAAGUCUCUCUAAAUAGGUUUUCCAUACCACAGGGAAAAACCGUAAGUGUGAGAGCUAGGUAAGCCUGUCUUGGGAAAGAGGCAGACAUGCCUCUUUUGUCCCCAGCCAACACAACUCUGAAACUGAUGGGAUAUGCAAGAGACUUUGCACAAGAUUUUAACAAUCAGGGAGAUUCUACCUUAUUUUUAAUCCAAUAGGGACCAUAAAAACCAUAGCCAGUACUUUGAAUUGCAGUUAGUGUACAGAAACAAACAAGAAGCUGUUUUUUACCAGAGAGGAGAGCAGGAGGAGAGAAAUAUUACCCAGAGAUUGGAAUUUAUUUCAGAGAUGCAUUAAGAAUUUUUAUUUAAUUUUAUAGGUUUUUUAAAAAUAGUUUCCAAUUUUAGUAAUGAAGAUUAAGGCUUUUCCAGAUUCAUUAAAUUAAACCCCAUUCACAUCAAUUGAUAAGGAGGUUUGAAAAACAGCUGAGCAGAAUAAACACUAUAUUACAACAAGCACUGGAGCUUAUCUCCUUUCUGUUCCACCUACAUUUACAAGGGAGGAAUAUGAUCCCAUAACCAGCUGCUGUUAACAUUUUGGCUGCUGCAUUGUGCAGUGCACUGAAGUUUCUAGAUACUUUUUAAAGGAAGCCCCAUGCAGAGGUCAUUGCAGUAGUACAAUAAGACUAUAACUAAGGUAUACGGCACCAUGGUCAGAUCCAACUUCUUUAGGAACAAGCAUAGCAAGCGCACAAAUUAGACAGAAGCACUUCUGGACAUGUCUCACCCCUGAGCAUCAAGGCUCAAGGCCAGGUGAAGAAAUGCACCAAGGUUAUCUACCUGAGGAGUGCAACCCCAUCCAAAACAGAUUGGAUUUAUAUUCCAGUAUCAACAUUUCUGCAGACGAGGUGCACUCCUGUCCUGCCUGGAUUAAGCUGCAUUUUGUUCACACAUAUCUAGCCCAUUACCAACACCAAAAACCAGUACAAAUGGGAAGAAGACAUAGAGCCAUUAGUAUGCUGAUGAUGACAUUCAAAACAUAUAUCCAAUUUCCUUCAUUAUUUUUAUGUAAAUUUUAAAAACCAUAGGUGACAAUAGGAAGCAUAGCUAAUAAGAUAGCCUCCUCCGGAGCUGACCCUGUAGGAAAGACUAGAACCACAGUAGCACAAUAUCGCCAAGUCCAUCAUGGCCAGGCAGUCUAGAAGGAUCCCAUGAUCUAUGGGAAGUGCUCUUUCAUUCCCACAUUCUCAGCAUGUUCACACUCCUGUCUCAGUGACGUCUACACUGGCUUGGCCAUGUCCACAUAUUGGAAGAUGGCAGGAUUCCCAAGGAUGUGCUUUACGGGGAGCUGGCUUCAGACACCAGGCCGUUGACACACCAACUCUGUGUUACAAAUAUGUCUGCAAAUGAAACCUGAAGGCUGCCAUGUGGGAAUCCCUUGUGGACCACCACAGUGCUUGGAGACAAACAAUUAAGUCAUGUACUGUAUUCACAAUAGUGACCAGAGGAGUAAUGACUGCUGGGAGGAGCACAGAGAGAAGAAAAGCCAUGGUGCCUUCAUCCAGCAGCACAACUGGAUGCCUUCAUCUCAACUGUAGCAAAACAUGUCUCUCCCUUAUCAGUCUCUACAGCCACAGCAGGCACUGUAAGUCUCCAGUGGCUUGACUUCACCCCCAAAGGCACACUCCUCCAUUGUCUUCUGAGACACACAGAUGCCAAUAACAAAAAGAAAUGGUAAUUAUGUUGUAUUCCCAGAGGCAUUUUGGAAAUUCAUCUAUAGACAAAAUAUCCUAGGAAUUCCUAGAGGAGCUAAAUGAGUUUCAGUGGAGCUCAUGAAAGUUUUGGGAGGGUAAAUAUACACCUGCCAACAUGCAUUCCUACUGGAAUGGUUCUUUUUAAUGUAUGCUGCAUCACAAGGAAGAUUGAACUUAUUUUCAAUUCCAAUAGAACUUUUUCAUGCAAAGUUAUGAGACUUCUGUGUUUUUACUCUGCAUAGUGAAUUUAUUUCCUUUCACAGCCAUGACAAAAUUUUCAUCUCUCCUCCCUCGCCCCCCAUUCCUCUCCUUGAGUUGUCAGAUGUACUUUUUAUUCUGGAUAAGUAAUUCCUUUCUAAAAUUGGCUUCUCUCUCUUUCCUUUCAUCUUCCCCCUCUCCCUGAACUUGGCAGCUAUAUUAAGGCACUUUGAUGUCAAUACAAUUUACCCUCCUUGGAAAGCAUAAGCUAAUUGUUAUUUGGCAACUAUAAGAUGGCUGGCUACCUGUUACCUAUGUACUGUUAAGCGGCUGCUAAAUUCUCUUUACUGGGCUCCUUUUUAUUGCCACUGUCUCAAUUUUGCAUUGCUGACUGCAUUUUCUCCUGGCUUUCAUUUGUUCCCAUUUUAUUUGUUGUAUUCAAAGUCACCUAGUUUUUGACUUCUUCCUUCCAGUUUUAUCCACAUGAAUGCAGAUGACUGCAACAGAGGAGCACUAAUGCUUAUGAGCAGGUGAACACACUUUAUUAAUCUAGACAGCUUGCGUACACUUCAGGAUGCUAGCCAUACUUUGUCAACCACAAUCCCUUUGUUUCUUUUCUUUGCUGCAAUAUUUGAAUACUAAUUACGCUGUUCUACAUCCCUUUGAGCUCAACUAGCACAACCAAUUCAGCUCCUAUCCACUGAUUGGUUAUUGCUGGCACAGUCUUCAUUACCUGCUUUUGUCUCUUGGUCUUUUCUGACCUCAGCUAUGUUAACUUAUUAGCAUGUAACACGGAGCUUAGGGACCCAGCCAACGGAAAACUAAUAUAUGCCUGUAACAAAAACACAAUGUUCUAGAAUAUAACACCACAACUGUCUGUCUUUGCAUCAUUCUCACAUGUACACACACACACACACACACACACACACACACACACUGUGUGUGUGUGUGUGUGUGUGAGAGAGAGAGAGAGAGAGAGAGAGAGAGAGAGAUCUUAUACCACAAUUAUGAAACAACAAAUUUAUAUGAGUUUAUGGCUCAGAAAUUGCUACAGCUGGUUGUUAUUAUUAACUUCCCUUCCUAGUUCCUCUUUUUUUGAAAUGUCUGAAAGUGUGCUUUCGCUGUAUUUAUGUCAACUGCUGAUGGCAUAUACCAGCAGAGGGGCAUGGCCAUUUUAAUAUAUGUGUGUAGAUACACACAUUCUUCUUUACUAUUACAUUACCUUUCACCCCUAUACCUACCACUCAAGCAUUUGAUGUGCCAAAUCCCAAGAAUAAUUUGGUUUUAAACUGAGCAUUCUCUGAAUGAAGCAACUGUGAACUUUAAAGCCCCUUGGCUGCAGGGAGCCAUUCCCACUUGCAGAGCCAAACAAUAGUCCAUAUUUGCUGCAACUAGUGCUGCCCCAUAAUUGCGUGCUUAUUACCUGUUUUCUCACCCUUGCCUGAAGUCACACAGGCCAUUCCUAAUGUAAAAGGCCAUCAGCAGCAGAUGAAGGAAAGCAAACAGCAGGUGGCGUCAGCAAAGAAACUAUUAAAAGAAAAUAAAGUUGAGUAUUAGCUUGUUUCACACAGACCAGGAUGCCUCCACAAACCAGCAGCGCCCUGUGUAAACUUGCUUCAGGCUGGAGCUAGAUGCUCCCAUUUUCUUAAAGUCUUAAUGAGAGGGCUCACAGCCAGAAAAUCUGUUGGUGGAAUUCAAAGCAAGAUGAACAGAAGUAAUAUGAAAAGGUGAAACAAUUCACAAGGUAAAAUAGAACCUGUGCAGACAAUGUCAUUAAGAAGGGGAAGUUGAGAUUACCUGAGAAUAACCUGACUUCAGACACUGAAGUGCCACAUAAUAGUAAGAGCUUUUCAUUUUGGAAAAUUUUAUUGAAAUGUGAUUGCUGGGAGAAUUUAGUCCAUGCUACAAAAUAAAUCUGACAUGUUGGUUAUGACAUCUCAGCUUGACAUUGUAGGAAGAAUCAAUGAAGAGGACAGUAACAGCUUAUGUAGUGCAAUUUACUGGUUGAGAACGUUUAUAUAAUGUAAAGGAAGGGGAAAGAAGCCUUAAGAGGAAAUAAACUGUUUUGAAAGCAGUAGCAGACAGGGGAAAACAAACAGCUUUGAGAAAUAACAAGGCUGUCAAGUGUAAGCCCUCAAGCCUGAGGGCUGAAUGUGGCCCUUUACGCCUCUCUGUCUGGACUAUGGAUUCUGUCCAGUUCAAACCACUUCUACCCAGGUCACUCCUUCCACUGACUUCUCCCUGUGUCCUCUUUGUGUGCUUCUGCCUGGCUUUCCUUGAACUGAGAUUAUACCUCAGUUUGCCCGAAUGGAAAAGUGUGUUGAAACCUCUGAAUUUGGGAAUUGCAUCCUUUGCUUUUGCCACAGCGACCAUUUACAUGAACCCCCUGGAAGGUUGCACCCAGCCCUCUGGAUGGAAAAAAAAAUUCCUUGGCCCUGAUGUAAGGAUAUUCUUUCAGAAAAUAUUUCUGCUCUCCCACAAAAUAAUACCCCAAAGUUGAAAUAAGUGAACAUUUAAUGCAGCCCUAGUAUGUGCGUAGCAAUCCCUGUAUAUAACUGAAAAAGCUAUUUGGUUUCUGUAUCUUGUCUCAGAUUUCAGGGGGGGGGGAAGUAAGGGAAGAUAAUAACCUAGCCUAAAGAGAUUUCUAACUAACCCUCCCCACCAAAAAUAGUAUCCUGUCUAUUAAUACAGAAUUGGAUUUUAAAAAUACUUUUUCAAAAUAAUUGUUUGCAAUCUCAGACCUUUGAAGCCAUACUUUUUGAAAAAUCAGCUGUUCUGAAUCGGUAAAUAUACACUCCCAGCAGCUUCAUAUAGAUGCUAAAAUCAUGGGAGAACAUAGCCCUGAGGCACCCCACAAGUAAGUACUUAGGAAUCCGAACACUCACCCUUAAAAGCACUUUCUGGACACAGCCCAGGAGGAAGGAGCUGAACUGCUGCAUAACAGUGCCCCCAGCUCCCAACCCUCCUAGACGGUCCAGAAUGAUACCAUGGGAAAGAUCUAGAAUAGUUCUACAAUACUUUCAUUGUGUGAAAGGCGUAUUGCGAAGUUUCCCAUAAUUUGCAUGGUGUGUUUUGUUCCAUAGGGCAGACCAAAAUAGUGACCUCAAUAGUGACACAUAAUCUUCCUUACACAAUUCCAGAAUACCAGGUGCUGAAUACAAAACACACACACACACACACACACACACACAAUCAGCACCCUGCUUUCAUUCUCAUACUGUACUGUCAGGAGUUUCAUUCAUACCACUGACUUUUACUCACUGGAGGGACAAGGGAAUGAAAGGAAUGUGGCUAUAGCCACAGACGUUUUCUCAGUCUGAACAUAUCCCAUCAUUUGUGUGGAUGGGGGAAAGCAUGAUCAUGCUCCAAAGCAGAGCAACACAUCACCAGCGAUUUGGAUGGUCUGUUACAAUUUUACUUGAAAAAACAUUGAAACAAACAGCAACAAUAGUGCUAAAAACAGUGUAUAUGGUACCCACUCAUUACUGGUACCUACUCACUGAUUCUAAAUGGCCAAAGACAAAAUUUAUGGCAGCUACUUAAAACAAAACUGUGCAAGGCUUUGCAGGUAGACAGUCAUAACUCUUAGCCUCCCCUUCUUUGAGCUGGGUUUCUUAAAUGCAGUUCAGAACUUAACUAUUACUGCCAGUAAAAAGAAAACAAAAAACCCUAUUACAGCCAGUGCUCAGCCCUAGAAAAUGUGAAGUACCUUUGUUUACUCACCAAGUAAUGAUAAGCAAUCUGGCAUAGGCCUCAAUUACAAAACUUCAUACAAAAGCAGUUUUAUUAAAGGCAGCUGCAGUUUUUACAGCAAUUGUAAACUGCUAAUUAGGGUUAAGAUCACACUUUUCCUUAUGACUCCACCUCUGGACAAAAAAAAAUGUAAAUAGAAGGAGAUGGGAAUCCAAAGUCAAACACCAUAUUCACAGAACAUGGGAAAUCUGGUGAGUGACAUUCAUUACCUUAAUAAUGUGCUGAGUUCUUGAUCAGUACAAAAAGAAUAUAGACAGCAGAGAUCCAAGCAAAACAAAGCAGAUAGUUUCUGGUGCAAAUAUCUCUGCUCAAUAACUGACAAUGAACUGAGCAUGGAAAAUGGCACUGAACUGAGCAUGUUCAGUAGACUUUAAAACAAAAUAUUUUAAGAUACUAGGCAUUCUGAGGAACAUGCAGCAAACUAAGGAUUUUGAGUCAUCUCCUGUUGCUUUGGGGAAAUUCAAGGGACGAGACUGCUGUGUUUGAAGGCCACUAUUGUAAAUGAGGUUUUUUUGCGAUUGUUUUUUGUAUUUAUGGAGUUCAAAUAAGGAAACAUGACAAAUUUGCCAAAAUUGCUUUUGCUGUUUUGUAAAUAUGUUAUUUGCCAUUAAAGAAAAUGAAGGAAUAAAUACAUCAGAAGGUGUCAGUCAGUAUGGUUAUUAAAGAAAAUCAGACUCCCUGACCUGCUCCCUGCCUGCUGUAGAAAACAGUUUCUCAACUGGGAAAGGUAGUAAUAACAGGAAGGGAUGAAACUAGCCAACUGCAUUUCCAAAGAUUAUAUUAAAUGAUUUGAAAUAUACUGCUGCAUAAAACCUCCUUCGUUCACAAAAAUGAAGAGUGCUGUUCGCCUUGUGCACUCCUUUGUCUGCAAGGAACUUUCGUCUCCAUUGAAAAAAGUGGGAAGCUCAGUGUGUGCACCAGAACAUUGUUUUCAAAGGGAUAAACUUGCUCAUGACAGUAUGUGAAUAAAUUUUAGGCCAGAUGUUCUUUCCAAAAAGAUAUUCUGAUUAAAGAUCAAAAGUUACAUUAAAAUCAAAAGUGUAUUGCAGAAACAGAUCAUUAAUUCUCUGUUUGUGUGCUGAAAUGCUUUUGCCCUAGGCACUGGCAAUGUUACUGCAUUAUUACACAGAGGUUCAGUGUGUAUAUUGAACACUUUUUUCUUCCUCUACCAUAUGAUUACUUGUGUAACCUACAGAUGACUCAGUUAAGACAUGCCUUUUGAAGCCAGCUAGAAACUCAGCAGUGCUUAGUGUGGUUUUUAUUUUUGUAGAUUAAAGGGAUGUUGCUCUCCAGUGACACUGCAAUAUUACCAGGUUAGAACUGUUUAUUGAAUGAACAGAAAAUACCAGUUAGCAUCUGCAAGUCUAUGAAUUCGUAUAACUCUGCAUCUCUGCUGCCCAGGAAUACUUAUGUUUUGAAACAAUUAAUUUUAUUUACUUUGAUGUAUCAGAAAUGCUGAAAACUACCAAAAUGAGAAUUUAAAAAACAAAACAAAACACAACAACCCUGGAAUUCUGACAUUUUAAAUUAAUGAACCCAAAACUCUGAUAGCCAGUCAAAUAUUUCCCAUCCUUUAAAUUUAAAUUUAGAAAUUCAAAAUACUUGCUUCUGCUUGCCAUUCAUUAGGGGUAAAUGAAUAGUAGUAGACACAGGAACACACACUUUUACAAACUGGGUGGACACUUCUUCAGCAGCUCAUUUUAUUUCAUAGGUGCAGUGUUAAAUAUCCUCCCAAGAAAAGUUGUUUUUGAAGCAGGUGAGGCAGUUUAAAAAUUAGGCAUGCAUAGCACUACCCAGCUAAUCAGAAGCAAGCCUCGUGAGUUCAGUGGAACAUACUUCCAAGUAAACAUGGUGAAAAAUCAUUAAAAUGAUUUGAGGAAGCAAAGUCAGGAAUAGGGACAUUUCAGAAAAUUAUUUCUCAUUGAAUUACUGGGUAAAUGUCAUGAUUUUCUUGGUUUUCUAACAGAUUGGGAGAGAUAAUGUCUUUGUAAGUAAGUACCUCAUCCAGGAUCUAGCAAGAAUGCAGUGCGAUUUUCCCCCUACUUACCCAAUCUCUCUAUCAGAUAUUCAGUCAUAGAGCAAGUUGCCAUAUAUGACAAUAACACAGCACAGCAGCACAGGAAACAACAGUGCAGCUGACACAAGUCUUGUUACCUGCAUGCAGUCCACUGACUUUAUGUUAUUACUUGCUCCUGCUUUAGCAUCUAGCUAGAAUCUAGAGAAGGCUUAAAUCCUUAGCAUCCUUAUUAGGAAGCAAGUCCCACUGACCCUGUUAGGACUGUCUAAACAAAUUAUUUUGUAUCAAGCUAUAAACCUGUUAAUGUCAGUCAAACUCUGGUGCAGGUACUCUGGCACCAAAUCUAAGUGUGGUGCCAGUGUGGUGUAGUGGUUAAGAGUGGUAGUCUCGUAAUCUGGGGAACUGGGUUCGCGUCUCCGCUCCUCCACAUGCAGCUGCUGGGUGACCUUGGGCCAGUCACACUUCUUUGAAGUCUCUCAGCCCCACUCACCUCACAGAGUGUUUGUUGUGGGGGAGGAAGGGAAAGGAGAAUGUUAGCCGCUUUGAGACUCCUGAAGGGGAGUGAAAGGCGGGAUAUCAAAUCCAAACUCUUCUUCUUCUUCUUCUAAGACUUAGAAACAGGGCUGUAGAGUACCAUGUAAAUUAGAAGUGUUGCAUUAAUUAUUGAUGUUUUUAUUUCUAGAAGGAUGCCAUACACUAGAAAUGUAACUACACAGGAAUGAAGAUUAUUUGUUGAUAGCAUCCAAACUGUAAGGCAAAAAAAAAAAGUUAGAUUGCAGUCUACAGAAAAAACAGUAACAAAGCCACCCCCUUUGUGAUCAAUAGUGGGUGGGGGGGGAAUAAAGAGUAUUCACAUUUCAAACAAUUGUAGUACUCAGCAUAGCAUGCACAGUGCUUUUUGGCUUGAUCUCAUCCAUGUAUGCUGUACUAAAACAGAUGGUUGGCACUUACCAUUUCGAUAGAACCAAUAAUCAGGUUAGGCAGAGUGAGGUGGUGACUGCUACAAGCAGUCUUUGCCCAGUGGGUAACCGGCAGUGUUGAACCUAGCAGACCUGGCCACAAUUCUGACAAUUUUAAGCAUGUUUUAAGCAAAUGAGACAGUUAAGUACAUUAUUUUCUCCUGAUGAAAUCAAUCUGCCUUAAUAAUGUUUAAUUUUGCCUAGAUUAUUCACUAUCUCUCUAACUAGGAGAUUCAGCUGCAUGUUUACAACCAACACCUGAGUACAAAGAUGUAUGAACAAAGUUGUAUAUAUUUAUUUCAUAUAUUUAUAUACCACUUACUACCAAAUUAGCCUCUUAAGUGGUUUAAGUGUGUGUGUGUUUGAAUUUGCCUUAAAAUUUGCAAAUUAUGGAUUUUUAAAUAUUUAAUGAUAAUGUGGGGAAACAACACAUGGAAAAGUGGAGAACAAAUAAAUAAACAUACACAUCUACUUAGCAUAUUUGCAGUUGAAAUAUGUAUGUCAUAUAUUGACACCCCGGGAACAGCUUUGACUGGCUGGCUAAACCAGGUGAGGGUAGCCAAUGGGUCUCAAAUCCUCAGUGAGUUAGGGAAUUCCCCUGCAUGAGAAGACGGGCUGUGGUGGAUUGAAUGGACAAGGCCAAUAGUGGUUCCAACGGUCAAGAAGGUGGUUUCUGCAAGUGUUGUAGAGAGAAGUGAGGGGCAGGUUGAGCCCAUCCAGGAGAAAGAAAACUCUAGUCCUAAAUCUCUGCUGCCUUGUGUGAUAUCUUCAGGAGAAGAAAAGGCUGAGAAGUAUAAAGGAUAACGAGAAUAAAUCCUACACAUAUCUGGAGUGGAGUUCCUAAGUUGGUUGGAUGGUGCCUUGCAUGCCACUUUCCGGCAGAUCUUGCAGCCAAGCUGGUGCCAAAUGUAUUGCUCUACUUUCCUUUGGACCACAUCAAUGAGGCCGAGAGGGGGGUCUUGUCGUCUGGGCAGCCCAGGACCUCCAUACACAUUGCCCAAGCUUGCGCCCCAGGGAGGUCACUUCAGUGCUGCUAACAGUGGUUUGACUCCUCCCCGGAGGUGCACUCCAUUGUCUCUAAAGCUUAUUCAUGUAAUCGAACUAUAAGAAAUCAACUUAUCCAGUUCAAUUAUUGUGAAGAUUGUUGAUUGUUGAUAAUAGUAAUGAGGUAAAUGCAGCACUUGGGUGUUUGGAUGAAGAAGAUGCUUCUAUCAUCACCACCAUCAACAAAGUCCUAUUAAAAGACUGAUAGAUGUGUACACAAAGAGGUGUCUAUCUUCCCUGGCUAAAAUUUGGAUCACAUAUCCCCUCAUAGAGUACCAGUAUUUUAAUGUCAACAUAGCCUUGAAAUUGAUCGAACUGCUCUGAAUAAAUAUACUCUGAGGAGAGCUUUUACCUGUCUCAGAUUUCAGUUAAUGCCCUCUGCAGCAUUAGAUGGAAGAUGUCACAAUAAUAUUCCUAUAAUGAUAAUGUGUGUUAUUUCUAUCUGCAGAAUCCAGAAAAAAGAGAAUUUGCUACAUUCUUUGUUUUGCUUUCCAUUAUGGAGAGUGCAAGGAUAAAAUUCCUCCCCAGGCUGCUAAAAGGUCAUGAGCAUUGGUCAGACUCAAAAAAACAUGUAAUUUUUGCUCAAAUCACAAUGGCAUAACUAGCCAGAAAAUGACCACUUUUGUACUGGCAUUGGCCAAAGCAAGAUCAAUCUUUCAUGUUUUGACUGCCAUCUGGAUAAAUGAACUCUACAAAAAUGUGAUCCCAUGCUUUAGACUAUGUAACUAUCUCAUGAGAACAAUCUUGUAUUGUUAUGACUGAAACAAAUUUCAGCACUGAUCUGAAUGUAAUGUGUUCAAAUAUCUCUUUUGAUAACUCUUUUAUUUCUCUCCACCCCCCCCCUUAGUUAAGAAAAUCAUAUUAUGCCUUCCUGUUCUCCUGUCUUUAGCUGCAUCUUACAUGAUUGUUAUUUUUCUCUGCUAAGGGGAAAAUUAAUCUGAUCUCAGCAGACAAAGGUGCUUGUUUUGGGCUGUAAAAUGUAUAAAAAUACAUUAUUUUUAUUUAUUUAUUUUUAGCAAGUACAGUGGUACCUUGGGUUACAGAUGCUUCAGGUUACAGACACUUCAGGUUACAGACUCUGCUAACCCAGAAAUAGUACCUCGGGUUAAGAACUUUGCUUCAGGAUGAGAACAGAAAUCGCUCAGUGGUGGCGGCGUGGCAGCAGUGGGAGGUCCCAUUAGCUAAAGUGGUACCUCAGGUUAAGAACAGUUUCAGGUUAAGAACGGACCUCCGGGACGAAUUAAGUUCUUAACCUGAGGUACCACUGUAAAUCCUUCCCAACAGAGGAGUCAUGUGCUACUUCCACACUCUCCAUCAUUUUACAUAUGAAAGCAGAUAGUUGAGCACCUAGGUGGGACCCAAGAUGGCAUCUAGACAUCCAGAGAUGGGCCCAAGUGUAUGGUGCAGUGGAAAGUGUUGGGUCAGGAAGGAUAUGCAUAGAAAGUGCAAGAGGCAGGGUAUAUCUACAUGUUAAACAUUUUGAAAGAGAAUUUAACAUAGUGGCCGUAGGGUUCUACAUUGGAUGCUACAUAUUAACAAUAACCGUAUUAAGUAACUAUGUAUGCUGGCUGUGUGAAACAGCGCUGACUUCAGGUUUAGCUGGCCAUUAUAAGUGUGGUUCCCUUCUAUGCCAGUGGGCUCCUGGACACCUGAGUUUCCCACAGUGGCCCACAGCACCCAACAUAUGGCCAGUGCCUUCGACCAUAGAAUAGGAGGCUUGGCUGGAUGCUUGAGCCUUGGCAGCUGCUCUAGGAUUCUGGGUGCCAACACCAGCCUUUGUGUGAAGCUACAGCUUUUAUUCCAGUUUAUCCCAGAUAGCGUGGUAAUUUGGAAAUUGUACAUGGUGUGACGAUCAUUCGUGACUUGUGGCAGAUCCAGUUGACAGUUUACUGUAACUAUAGAUUGCAUACUGCUGCAUACUAAUAUUCUCUGUUGUGUUUACGCCCCCAAGCAGAGGCCACUAUUUCAAGGUUGGGAGGAAGUGUUUGCUUCUCCCUCUCUGCCUUGUGACCUGAUGGCUCUGCAAGAGAGUAGUAUUUUGUCUUUCUUUUCUGCUACGUAAUACGAUUGUAGUUAAUUGGAAAUAAGUGUCACUGGAAACAAGUUGCCAUGCUUCUGAAUAAACAUGCCUAGCUUUCAGCUGUCUAGCAGGCUCUCUACCUUCUGAGCUUGUUGCUCUGUUGAGAAUUCAUGUUUCUCCCCUCUCAUUUUAUAAGAAAAAGUAUCUGAUUAUUUGCAAUCCUCCACAAGCUGUUGCAGUCACUACAGACAAGGUGUCUGCCAAAUAAAGGAAAAGGAGCAGUAAAGAGAGGGUGUGCAGUUUUUUCUGAUAGCUAAUUUACCAAAAUAGAAUAACUUGUGGAUUUUCUUCACGUCAGCCAAUCAAACGCUCUCUUCCCACCUAUGACUGACAAAGAAGCAGAUAGACCUAGCUAGUAGUAAAAGCUUCAAAAGCAAACCACCAAGCCAAGUGAUCAUCCCUCCACCAAAUGGAGACUAUUUAAGGAGAGCUUCUUCCCUGGGACAGUGCUUUGAAAAUUAUGGGAGCCCCAGCUAAAUCUAGUUCAGACUUGUUGGACAGGUGGGGAGGGACGUUUGUCAUUUUCACCAAUGAGCAGCAUGCACAUGUCUCCUAUAUUAAAACACUGAUUUUAUCAUUUAUUUUUCCUACCAGCUUUCACAUCCAGUGAGCAAGGAAUUGUGUCCCUGUUGUGAAUUAAGUUGGGUAGAAUCAGAUAUAAGAAAGAUCCAUAAAACUUGGUCUACACCUGAGCUGCAUUUUUUAUGUUGGGAAUUUAUGUUGGCUGCAGCAGCAUUCCAAAUUAUGGAUGAUGCCCUAAACAAACCUACACAAUAAAGGUUUGCUGUAUUGAUACAGCAUAGGUCAGAAAAGGAAAGACAGAAUAUUAUUUUCCAUUCUCUCACCCUGUGGAUGAAUAGCAGCUCAAUAGGGAGUUGAAUGCUCCAUAAGAAAUAAAAUUGAUAUACUUUUAGUCCUGGAGAAUAUGCAUACAAACGGUUGUCCAUUGCACUGAGCACAGCAGAUAUUUUCUGUAUUGUCCGUGCUAAUUCACAGGAGCCUGAAAGUAUUAAUACAACCUGCUCAUCAAAAGCAAAGGUCUGAGAUUGGUGCUUGAUGCCUCAGGAACACCACUAGCCUUGGCACACCUGUCUGUUCUUAUGUAUUCUAAACCCAAGGUAUCUCAACAACAACAGCUGUGAUAUUUGGCAUUCAUAAGCAAAGAAGACAAUUUACAGAGUGGCUGUUGUAAUUGCAUGAGCCAGCAGCAUUAACUACAGAAAAGGUAGUGAGUCUUAAAUCCAGAUAUCUGUCUUGAGAGCAGUACAUAAGUGGGGAAAAUUAAGGUUACACAGCCAAUAUAAAUCUAGCAACUCGAAUCUUUGGAGCUCUUAUUUAAACUUACUGGAAAGGGAUCUAAUGAAGUGUGAUUUAUUAUAGAUUCCUAGAUGUAGUUGUAAUUUAAAUAUUAAUCGUUGCCAUAUUAAAAGUGCUCCACAGACAUAAAUUCUGUGUUCCUUAUGGCAAGCCCUGUGAAACUGGUGACUCUACAAAAGGCAAAUACAAUUCAAAGACCAGUCUUCUAUAAAGUACCUGUUUUUUACAGACCCUAUGUAAUACAUCUGCGUGUUUCACUGUUCCGCUUUCUCAGCAUUGCAAGGUGCGCUAUCAAAAUGUCCAGAAAAAUACAGUAAGAUUGCUGAAAUGAUUUCUGUGUAUUUUGAAAGACUGAAAAUCAUGUGAUGUAUUAAUAACAAACAGUUAAACAUUAUUGUGAUGUCUGUCCAAGUAACAGAACUUCCCUAUGUAAAGCAACCCUUGGAUUUAUAACUUGGGAUAUUGUUGGAUAGCACAGACAGCUGUUAAUGAGUUUAGACAUCACACCAAAACAUAGUUUUGCACUAAUCAUAAUUUAGACACAAACCAUAGUUUUAGGUUGCCAAUGCAUAGGCAAAUCAUUGUUUACCUUUCUAUUCAAGACCAUUCCAUUCCUUUUUGCUGCCCUUCGGAUCAUCUGAAUGUUACUUGAAUCCCCAGACACUAUCCCAAAUCACUGUAUUUAAUCUCACUGCUGGCAAAGUGAUACCAUGUGUGCUAUCAAAUUAUCUCUGGCCAGCUACUCCUAGGCAAUAAUGCUAGCCUAUAGCUAGUCUCAGUAGCAAUCUUUGAUCCAUUGUUGGCUUUGUAAACAGCAGAGCAUAUGCCUGCCUUUUCAGGUAUCAGUCUCUAGAGCAUUUCCCUCCCCUUCAUCUCAAUUUUUUGUGUAGUCUCCUGUGAUUGUUCUUCAAACAUUUGUAGAAAGUAUUAUUUCCUCUACGGCAUUGCUCACUCCCCAUCCCUAGCUUUGUACCACAGACGAGAGUGUAGGUCCAGAUUUUAAACUUUUGUAGUUGUUGCUAAAGCAUCCCUACAUGGUCACAUUCUUCUUCUUCUUGAUCAACACAUAUUCCAACACAGACACUCCCGCAGGGUUUCCCAGUAUUCCUAGAAGGUCAUCUGUCUCCUCCAGCAAUAUGCCUUCUACUAAAAUGCAACAGGUUCUCAUAACAGCAAGCAUUUCCUCUUCCGUAUACAGGACAGUGUAGAAGAACUUCUAGCAGAUGUUUAAUGCUUUAAAAAUAUUUCUUUAUUCCUCUUUUCUUUAAUAUGGUAACAUCUCGGGUGGCCCUAUGGUAUAAACCACUGAGCCUAGGGCUUGCCAGUCGGCAGGUUGGCGGUUUGAACCCCCGCGAUGGGGUGAGCUCCCGUUGCUUGGUCCCUGCUCCUGCCAACCUAGCAAUUCAAAAGCACGUCAAAGUGCAAGUAGAUAAAUAGGUACCGCUCCAGCGGGAAGGUAAACACCAUUUCCAUGCGCUGCUCUGGUUCGCCAGAAGCAGCUUAGUCAUGCUGGCCACAUGACCCGGAAAAACUGUCUGCGGACAAAGUCAGCUCCCUCGGCCAGUAAAGCAAGAUGAGAGCCCAACCCCAGAGUCGUUCGCGACUGGACUUAAUUGUCAGGGGUCCUUUACCUUUUUUAUUUCCUUCUUGGUCCUGUUCAGAUUUAUCAUUAUUUCAUUAAUCCUGGUUGUUAUAUUGAUACUCACCAGGGUGUAAUUUCAGAUCCAGAUUUACAGCAGCAGCUAAAUGCAGUAGCUGGCAUAACUGGAUUUUUCUCCAGCUAAAGUGGUUAUGAAUAUUGGUCUACUGAUAAUGGAAUUGCUGGCACUGCAGAACCAGGAUCAGAAUGUGUUGUCAUGAGACCACAUGUGGCUGAACUGUGGGAGGUGUUUGAAUGGCUAGUAAUAUGCUCUUGCCUCAUCUCUUGUGUCUGUGUGGCUGCUGAAUACUGCUACCCACAGUAUGUCUAGAGCAUGAGAGAGCCUUUCUUAACCACCUCGUCUGACCACUAAGUGAAAAUAAUUUCCUUCUGGAAGCAAUUACUUCAGUCACUCGUGAGCAUAGCUGCUCACCCACAGAUCAAGGAGACCUCCAUUUAAGGUUGCCACAUUUCAAAAAGUAAAAUUCCUCGCCAUACAUCUGGGCUUUCCCUGAUGCCAUUUUUAUACCUGAAAACCAGGACAUGUCAGGCUCCAUUUCUGCGUAUAAUGACAGCUUUGGCUUUCUUGCUCAGGAAUACUUAGAACAUCUAAGUUUGAGGAGAACAUUACAGUGAAAUUUAUCUUUAAACUGGAGACUUUAAAAUUUAAUUUAUUUUUCUUAGAAAUAAAUGUUGUAGGUUUUUUUAUGUUGUUAUUGUUUUACUGUUCUGCUGUGAAUGGUUCUGAAAACUCUUUUAUAGUGGGAACAGGUUGUGGUCAGGAAAAAUUGACACAACAGAGGAUGUUGCUAGGUAACCACUAGUGGGACUGCCUUGUGUGCUUUCAGUUUUCCACUAAGUACUACCAUCUCUAUGGUGCAGUGGCCUUCAGAGGUGGAGCAUCAGCUAUGACAUAUGAAUAAACAGUUGCCAAAAAAAAGAAAAGGUUUCUAGCUCUGGUUUAUUCACUGAUUACAAAUCAUGAUUUGUCAAUUUCAAUGUCAUGCCAAGCCAAGGUUAAAAUUCCACAAGGAUAUCUGGACUGAGAUAAUAAAAGGGAAUGUUUGGGGGAGGGGAUUAAAAAUUGCAUAAACACUGCUAACUCUUAAGUGCAGUCAAUUUAAAUUAGUUGGAGGCAGAUCUGACUGAAACCAGGCUCCCUCCAGGUCCACCCCAAGCCUCGCCUUUUUGUUUGUUUUGAUUGGCCCAUUUAAAUUUGACUGUGGAAAGCCCCAAGAGUCCCUGCAGCUGAUGACUUUGUCAGCUGGUUUCACAGGAAAGGAAUUUUGACCCCACUUCACCCCUGCCUUACCUGCAUCCACACUGGGACUCAACCACCACCACUACUGCAAAAAACAAUAAGCAGUAUUUAUUUGUAUAUAUGUAUGUAUGUGGAUAGAUAGAUAGAUAGAUAGAUAGAGAUAGAGAUAGAUAAAGCCAGAAACUACAGAGGAAAAAUAAAUAAAUGCAUUUUAGAAUGGAAUGUUCUUAAAAGCACAGUGUAAAUGUGUGUUUGCUCUUUAUGGUGGUUCUCUAAGCUGUCAGUAUAAACUAUAUUGAAUAUGUAGUAUUAAAUAUGGCACCAUAAACACACCAAACUAUCAGGAAAUAAAAAACUGCUAACAAAUUGUGUAAUAAAUCUGCAGUAUUAAUUUUUAGUCAUGAGACUAUUGCUUCUAUAACUUACACUGUGAUCCCAUACAAGUCUUCUCACUCAGUUCUUACUGCUGGGUAAGUCUUACUUCCAGGUACAUUGGCAUAGGACUGCAGCCUUAAUGUUAAUGUUAUGCCUUUGUGCAUAUGUAAAGGGUGUGUGUGGAAUGAUUUUAUCUCUCCGUGGCUUAUCACAGUCAUUAUUUUCUUUCGUGAAACAGGCAUUUGCAAAUAUUCCUCACUGUAAUUUUUUUCUGAAGCCCUAAAUUUGUCUUUAAUCUACUUUUGAGCUAGUUUGUCAGAUUUUCUUUUAAGAUAAAAAAAUAAGCCAGAUUGGCUCAAUGUACAUGUUUUGAAAGUUUCUAUGCCUAUGUAGCAUUUCUGAGCAGCUGUUUGUUGAGUUGCUGUGGGUGAAGACUUAUUUUAACCUGUCCAUAGUGCACUUCCUUAUAUAUUUGCUUUUUUCUCUAGUACCAUAAUGUGUAUUGUAGGAUCCCUCACUAUGGUAUUUUUUGUUCUUUGUUAAAAGUAGAUAUAAAUCUUGAAGCUACUCUAUUUUCUCUGCUUUAACUCGUCCUUUUCUAUUUUUCUAUUUUCUUUUUAAAAUCUAACUUGGCUCCCUGUUGCUUUUAAGCUAAGUAACAAUGCACCAGGCAGAAUUUUAUCUGAAACAUUCUAUAGUGAAGAUAACUGUUUUUCUUCAUAGCACUGCCUAUUUUUUAAUUGCAAACACUUCAGAGGAUGGCUGAGAGAAAGUUCCUUUGUUGGUGCCUUUUUGAACCUAUGCAGUUCCGUUGAUCCUUUCUCUAAACCAAGUGUGUCUUUCUAGCCACAUGCCAAAAUCUUCAAAUAGUGUUUAUCAUCAAAUAAUGUCAUGGGGGGGAAUUAUGGCUGCAAUUCCCCCCCCCCACACACACACAAUUUCCCCAGAGUACCAAUGCAUGAUCCACCAGAGGGGAACUGGGGGGGGGGGGAGCAACUGCUAAAAGGAACGCCUGCAGGUACAGUACUCUUUUAACUUCAGCCCCCAAAUUGCCAAAAUAUUUGCUGCCUGUUAACCGUGAAGUGAAAAUUGGCAUGGUUUAGCCAAGACAUUGUUUAUGUAUCAAGCAUGACCAUCUUAUCCAUAGGCACUAGGGGUGUGGGGCACCCAGGUGCCGGGCUCUCAGGGGCACCAGGCCGAGAGUCCGGGGCCCAAGAGUUGAGUCCGGGGAAGAGCCCACCCGUCGGUCAGGGUGUUGCGACGGGCUCUUUUGCUACUCCUGCGAGUUUGGGAGCGACCAAGCCAGCAAGGCGCUGAGGCAGUUGGCUGGCUCCGCCAACCUGUGUACCUGAGACUGGGCAACCCGGGGGGGGGGGGAGCACCGGACGGAUCUUUGCACCUGGGAUCAAGGGCUAAUUUUUAUUCUUCUAGAUUCCAGAAAACAUAUAUAGGGUGAUAUUCAGUUGUGUUGUCCCACUUCUGCUUGUGCAAACAAGACUUACCCUUUGUUUCCCUUUACCCAGACCCUCACAUGCUCCAGAGGGUUGGGAGGCCCUCUGAAGUAGAUUCCCAGCAUGUGGGAGGCUACAUUGGGGAGCCAGCACCUGCUUACUCAGAGCUGGACCUCACCCUUUUGUUUGCUUUCCUUUUUUAAAAAAAGGCAGUAAAAGAUCUAAUUAGAUCAAAUUUUGUUUUGUAUAUUUAUUUUGAGGUUAGGGUGUACCUCAUACAAUUAUCCAUAAAUACGUUGUAUAUCUUGGUACCACUGAUCACACGGGAAUGCUUUGCACAGGCAUGUACUUAACUUCAUUUAUCUACACUUAAUUACUGGCAGCUAAUUGUGCAGAAAGCAUUGUGUUUGAGGCAAUACGUAUUGUGAUGGCAGAUACGUACAUCGCAGAAAUUUGAGGGAAAGCGGCAUGUCUUGAAUGCAGCUACCUUCCCUUGUACAACCAUCAGACUGUUUCUGUCUUGGGUUGUUGUUGUUGUUUAGUUGUUUAGUCCUGUCCGACUCUUCGUGACCCCAUGGACCAGAGCACGCCAGGCACUUCUGUCUUCCACUGCCUCCCGCAGUUUGGUCAAACUCAUGCUGGUAGCUUCAAGAACACUGUCCAACCAUCUCGUCCUCUGUCGUCCCCUUCUCCUUGUGCCCUCAAUCUUUCCCAACAUCAGAGUCUUUUCUAGGGAGUCUUCUCUUCUCAUGAGGUGGCCAAAGUAUUAGAGCCUCAGCUCCAGGAUCUGUCCUUCCAGUGAGCGCUCAGGGCUGAUUUCCUUCAGAAUGGAUAGGUUUGAUCUUCUUGCAGUCCAUGGGACUCUCAAGAGUCUCCUCCAGCACCAUAAAUCAAAAGCAUCAAUUCUUCAGCAAUCAGCCUUCUUUAUGGACCAGCUCUCACUUCCAUACAUCACUACUGGGAAAACCAUAGCUUUAACUAUAUGGACCUUUGUCGGCAAGGUGAUGUCUCUGCUUUUUAAGAAGCUUUCUAGAUUUGUCAUUUCUUUUCUCCCAAGAAGUCUUGGGUUACUGUCACCCAAAUCUAACUCCUCCUCCCCUGUGGCUUGGCUUGGCCUGAAGCAGGUUGAGUGGCAACCUGGUCCAAACCUUUAAAUUCCUGCCAACAGGCUUUAAGGAGCUCCCUGCCCCCACCCUCAUCUCAUGGGACAUCUGGAUCCAGUGCCACCAGUAGAUACUUUCUAGUAAAUAUAGCAGUACUGCUCCUAGCCACUCUGCAAGCCAUUUGGUAGCUACAAUAACUGCAACUGCAGCCUCUGUGCCACUGCCUUCAGAAUUUCUCACCAAGUCAGUCAUCCUACUGAAGCCCAGAUACCAAGUGGAGGUCAUUCAAGUUUGGACCCUGGACAUGAGCUAAACUGAACCAAACAACUAAGUAACUUGAGACUUAGGCUCAUGUGGAUUUUAGUCCCGUCCCUCUCUAUAAUAGCAGGAUAUUUGUAAGGGUACCUUUUCACUAUUUUGAAGGGACCAUUUUGCUUCUUUUGUAACAACCUUGAAUUUUAGGGCCAGUCUAUAUAUUACAUUAUCUUGGGUCAGGAAUCCUGCAGCCCCUACACUGCAGCUGUAAUGUGCAACAUGACUUGCCAGUCACUAGGGGAAUUUCAGCACCAGUAUUUGGAUGUUUCAGAAGCAUGUAAAUUCUCCACAAAGUCCCAAGUUUCUCAUGGAAAGGUGAGGCCUUGUGCAGGAGUCUUCAGUGAUAGAGAAUAGUAAAGUAAGUAAACUGCUGCUUACAGCUUGGUGGCUUUCUAAUAGUAUAUAGUAUUUCCACUUAGUUGCCUAAUAUAACUUAAAGAGAUCAUUUUAGGGUAAAACAAAGUGUUCUGUUCACCAUUAACUAAUUUUUUGCAGUCUCUCUUGAACUAGAAUUUGGGGAUUUCAGUUUAAUGAGUCUGGAUAUUUCAGCUUAUCAUACUAGGCUAGUCUAUCAAUUUGAGUAAAGCUUUUAUUAUUACAUUACAUUUUUAAAUUAAAGAUGGCAGAUUUGAUCUGCCAUUUAUGGAUCAACUAUUUCAAGCUUAUUGAAUUUAAGUAAUAAAGCAUUCAUAGCUAAAUAAAUUACCAUUUGCUUGGGUAUAAAGAGCCAUGAAGGAUAUAUUGCCCUAUCCAAACUUACUGUGAAAAAUUAAUUGAUUCAAAAUGGCUGCAGUAUUGUAUAUUUUAAUUUAAUUUGCUGCUACCAUUUUACUGCAAACAGGCGAUAACCAAAAUGUAAAUGGGAUGCAAUAGUCUGGUAACAGGGAGCAUAUUUUUGUUACAUUUUGCAAUUAUUGAUCAGACAUAAAAAAUAGGACAUAUACCUUGACAUUGACAUAAAACAUUCACAACAUCUAAAAGGCUUAUAGGUCAUCUUGGUGUGAUUUUUUUUGAUUUUUUGAUUUUAUUUUAUUUUUUGGAUCUAGUAUUGAUGGUAAUAGUUGGGGGGAUACUGUAUUUGGGCUGGAUACUGUAUUUUUUGUGGAGGGGUGGAAUAAGUUAAAUUUAUUACUUUUGAGGGGGAGGGUGGAAACCCAGUAGCUCCUUUUUGCAUAGGGAAGCUCAGCUGUGUGCAAUACACACUGCAUAGGUUUUCUGGAUAGGAAAAACAUGUUAAAUCAUAAAAUAUUUCAUAUAUGCUGUGGCGGACCUUGGUGUCUCAAAUGUCAGUGACACCCUAUGCAACCUCAAAAUUCAGCACCCCUUGCCUCUCGCCUUCCAUUGGAUAUGAUAGUUGUGCUCCCCCUCCCCCCAAAGCUCUACACCUAGUGUGACCACACUGGUUGUGCUCGCCUAUGUGUCCUGGAUACGUCCAAGGUCAGGCCACUGGCACCAGCUGGAUUUGAUUGUCACUAGGCAAUCGGUACUGAAGUGUGUUCGUGUCACAUGGCGCUAACACAGUGCCAAAUGCAACACAGAUCACUCCCUGGUACUGAACAAGAUCCUUCUCCAGCCAAAGAGGACCCAUAGCACAAAGCAGCAAGUGCCGCUUUGAAUCAACACUGCCAGAACAGUCAUAGCUGAACUCUUGAUUCUGUCCAACAUGCACUACAGAGACAGCAUUGAAGCAAGGUGGAACUUCAUCAAAGAGGAAACCAACAACACGGUUACAUCCUCUUUUGGAAAAAGAGGGCACAGAUAUCCGACAGUUUGAGGCUGGCAUUAAGGACAUGGAGCCAGUUAUCACUGUAAAGCAAAAGGCACUUGUGAACUACAAGUGUGCACCCUGUCAGAAGAUGCUUACUGCACUGAGAAAGGCAAGGAGAGAUGCCCUUGUCAGGCAAUAUGUUAAUGACUACUGGCUAAAGCUGUGUCAGAGCAUUCAGCUUGCUGCUGACAGCAGCAACACUCACAAAGUCCAAAGGCAUGAAGGCAGCUUUUAGACCAAUAGUCAAGAAAACUGUACUGCUGAAAACCUUGUCUGGAGAGAUCAUCACAGACUGCAACAAGCAGUUGAAGCAAUGGGCAGAGCACUAGCAAGAACUGUACUCGUGGGAAACCAUCAGAGCAGAGGCUACUCUGACUGCAAGGAUAGGGAAGAGGUGUUGCCCAUUAUUGACCCCAGAGAGGGGCCCAGUGGGAGCUGGCCAGUGAUGUCAGAGUAGUGAUUCCAAUGAGUCAUUAAAGGUGGAGAGUCCUGGGAAGAGACCAACCCCAUCCUGCUGGGCACCACUCCAGGGUCAUCCAUGGGCAACACCUUUCUCCUGAUCUGACCUGCAUCAUCAUGGCAUCACCUUGGGGCCCAUGACAAACAGCUGAUUAAUGCUGUCCAAGUUGGCACUACUGAUCAUCAGUUUUGUUUGAGAACUGGCUUUGUGAGCACAUGUGUGUGUAAUUGAAGUAGUAUUUUUUCCCCGUAUUAUAACUUGGAUUACACAGGAUCUCUUUGGGGGCUUAAAAUUCGCAAAGUGAUGUGAAUAGAUUUGGAGGAGCAUAAAUUUGAAUGGCAAGUUUUAAAAGUACUCUGCAAUCUUGACUACUUCAAUCAGAAACCAUAAUUUGUGUAUUAUUGUAAUGAAACAGAAUCUUCUGUGUUAAAGAACAGGACCUAUUUAUACAAUCAGCAGAAUCAGGUGGUAAAGCUUUUCACAGAUUGCAAGACUUCAGGUUGCUGAUGGGAGAACGCUCCCCAAAAAACUUCUUCAACAGUGAUGAGAAGCACAUGAAGAAAGAAUCAGUACAGUCUUCUCCUUGAGUUUUUUAUGAGGGAUAUACAGCCUGAAGUGAUACAGUCCAGUUGAUUAUCAUGUGAUUCUACUAAUCAUGUUACUUCAUUCUGCGUUUGACAAAAUGCAAGUUACACAUUUUUGUUCAUUCUUAUCCUGGAGACAUAUUUUAAAAUAUAGUUUCACUUUACCAUUUGAUAAGCUAAAAUACCAUUUUAGAAAAAAAUGUGAAAAUAUUGCAGCAACCUUAAAAUAGUUAAGUUUAUUUUGCUUUUUUUGUUUGAGCCCAAGUACUGAUUUGUCUCCACUAUGCCAUUCCAAAUAACAACUCCCAUUUCAUUACUGUGAUUUAAAUUACCCAGAGACCUGAACGAUUCUCUGCAUCAUUUUUAAUGCUAAAGUUAAACAUGUUCCAUCUAUAUUUAUGCAUACUUUGGAUUUGCAUUUUUAUAAGCAACUUCUAUUCUACUGGAAAGUGGAUCAAGACACUGCGUGUAUAGUGUGUGUGUGUGUGUGUGUGUGUGUGUGUGUGUUUGCGUAAAGUCUUGCAAUGGAAGCUCCUGUUGAACAAUAAGCAAGGGAAGUUCCAAAAAUGUUUUAUUUUAUUUCCUCUGAGUUAACCUUCGACUCGACCUUCAGAGAUGAUUCUCAUGGAGUUAAAAACAAAACUUUAUUACCCGUGCCCAAUAGACUAAAGGUUGUUUUGAUUUUUUUUCCCCUUCUAUUUUCAUACCAUGCUAAUGAUUUUCACCUCAGUGAAUUUUAAUUAAGGAAAAAUAACUAGCUAGCUUGAUAGCUCAUCAUACUGAUGUGUGACCAUGUGAAGUCUACUUGUGAAUAUAUACUGGUAAUGUAGAUAGGAAUUUGGCCACUGCAAAGACAGAAGGAAGCUAUUUUUGCUGCAAGGGGAAAAAUAGCCUAUCCACAUUCCUUCAAUUAAAAUACCAUUCAGUAUUAAUGGCCCCAGUGAGAAAAGUUAAUGUUAAGUUUAGGCAAUCAGUUCAAGCUAUUGGUUGUGGAAGAGUGGGCAUGUGAGGAGCACGAGCAAUGGCUAUACAUCCUUAUGGAGAAUGCAUAGGUAUGAUCUGUAUUUGAGAAUGUGCAGCCUGGAUCUAAUCCACAAUUAAAGACAUGAGAGAGCAGUUUCUGAAAUAAUUUAUAUGAUGGAAUCUGGAAACUGUAGUACUAGAAGCCUUAGCAGCUCAUUGAACAAAUUUGCCCGGUUUCAUGCACAGCUAUUUUGAAAUGCAAUUAAGUGUUAUUCUUUUAUAAUAUGAAUACCUGUAGUUAUUGCACAAAAAUGUAGAGCACUCUCAAAAAAUGUGUUUUAAAAAAUUAUUUAAAAUAUAUGAAUGUCUAAAGUUACCAAUGUGCAAAAGAGAACUAAUUGACCAAUUGCUGUGGUUUUUAUCAAGUAUCUGUUGUAGUUGUAUCUGUUUUAAUUUACGCUGUGAGAAGACUUGGGUCCUGUACUGGGACAAAGCGAGAUAAAUAAAUAAAUUGUAUAUUACUUGGAGAUGGCUCAAAAUGAGAAGGAGCAGUUCAUUAUUAUUUCAUUGACCUAAAAAUUCCCUAUCUGGGUCCAUCUUUCUUCCCUUGGGGUUGCCGAAAUAAAUUCAUGUCACUGUAGAAUCAGAGCUGACAAAAAUGACCACAUUGGAAAAUGCCCUUGCCACUCAAAGGAGGGGGCACAAAAGGUUAACACAUUGCACAGUUGGCCAGGUUAUAUCCAUUUUCUAGCCAGACCACAAAUGUAUGUUUGCACCAUUGGCUGGCUCCAAAUCCCUCUCUCUCUCACUCUCCUUUUAAAAAAUAGAAGUCUUGGACAUCAUAGAAUCAGAGAUACAAAUCAAAAUUAGCAAGCAUUGUCACCACAUGCAGUUGUUUCUCAGUCUGCCCCUGUUUACCUUGAAGAAUACUGGAAAAUAAACUGCAACUUGUACUCUCCUGUAGUGGAAAGCAGCUGUCUGAGAACCCAGAUUGACCUUAUUCUGUGUUAAGUGGCAUUUUCCUAUUUGUUUGGUAGUGCCUAGGUAACCAACAAAACCAGCUUUCACAUUAUUUUGAGCCUUUUUAACUCUCCUGCAGACAGAAACAGCUGUAGUCAGAACACAAGGAUCUUUCAUUGUGUCACCAAGUGGCUUUUUCCUGUUUUGCUUGCAAGUGCCUACGCAACCAACCAAAGCUAGCUUCCUCAUUAUGCUGAAUCCUUUCUCAAGCUGUCAUUCCAUUCCCUAUGUACUCCCUGUUCCCCAAGCAAACCACAGACUAAUCUGUGAGAUAUGACUGAUAAACUCUCUGAAAUAUUUCUCCUCAAAAUACUUGCUUAGUAUCACACUUUUGUGACUCAGCAUCUCCAAUAGGUGGCCUUUGAUGAGACCCACAUAUUCCAGGGCACAAAGGAUAUGAAAUUUCAUGAUAGUCAAAACUAUAAAAUUAUAAUGCCUUAUGAAUCAGCCCUUACUGCUGCAAAUAAUUGUGGCCAAUGUAACAUGGGAGAAGAAUGUGCACAGAGAAAAAGAUGGAAAUGUUCAGGUGUAGGAAUAUCUAUUCCCCUAUUUUAAUUGUUUGUGGGAGUUGUCAUUGACAUCUUCAAUAUUAAGUUUUCAUAAUUUGCAGUUGUGGUUUCUCUUGCUUGUUUUUUUUUUAACUUGCACUGUAAUAAGCACUGCCUACACAAAAUAAAAUCUGACUGGUUGAUAUCUUCUAUGAGUAUGGUUUCUGCUAGGCAUUGUUCAUACAGGAUGAGACCACUGUUGUGAGUUGAUUGUUUCACAGAUUAGUUCAAUUCAUAAUGUAUGAAUGGACCUCCUGAGGAUUCAUGUUUUAUUGCAAAUAUUUCUGAGUCAUUAGCAUACAGAAGACCUGUGACAGGAUGAGAUCACAUAUAAACAGAACAUAAAAUAAAAAUGCUGCAGACAGCAAGAGAAAGAAAAAACAGAGGCCUGAAUACUUGAAAGAGAUGCUGUCAGAAAGUAUAUCACAAGAUGUGUGAAGAGAUUUUAAGAGGUUGAUCAACAGAGUCUAAAGAAGAAAAAAGAUGAGAAUUUGACGUGGGCAGGAAGAACUUUAAUUAAAACCUUGGAGCAUUUGUGUUAUACUGAAAAUGUCAGUCACAUAGAAAUAAAUUUGGGGUAAUAUGUGACAGCAAGGAGAAGCUGAAGGUCACUAUUUCUAGUCUGUGUUUUAAGAUCUGCAGUAUAAUCUCUGGUGCUUUAUAAUACAGUGAUAUAUUUAUUUCAUUUGUGUUUUGCUUUGCAUACAGAGAGCUCAAUGGUCUCAUUUGUAGGAACUAGCCAGUUGCUUCAAUCUACUUAACUUCAAUGUUUCACUGAAUAUUUUUUCUCUUGAUAAGAGAGAGUCAUAUGUAGCCAAAGAUUUACUUUCAAUAGUUUUAUGUGCCCAAGAGUUUGUUUCUUAGCCCAACCUUUCAUAACUUUGUCAGUUUCUCCAUAAGUAAAAUUAUACUUUGAUUUAUGAGAAUGUUCCCUUCAAUUCUUGUUCUGUGCUUCAAUGCAUUUUUUCCCAUUCUGCUUACUGCUGCUUCUUCCUGAAAUAUUUAGAUGGGUAAAUUCAACUAAUUGUGGCCCACAUAACAUAGUGGUAUGUAUGUAUGUAUGUAUGUAUGUAUGUAUGCAUGCAUGCUAUGUAGGUAAUCGUGGAUAUAGCAAUCUUUUUUCUGUACAGUCAUACCUCGGGUUACAGAUGCUUCAGGUUGCCUUUUUUCGAGUUGCAGACUGCCGAAACCCGGAAGUACCGGAACAGGUUACUUCCGGGUUUUGGCGUUCGCACAUGCGCAGAAGCGCAACCUGCGCAUACGCAGACAUGCUGCUGCAGGUUGCGAGCGUGCAUCCCACACGGAUCAUGUUCGCAAUCCGAGCGUUCACUGUACAGUGACCCUGGCAACAGCACUACACCAUUUCACUGUGUCCUUUCCUGGACAGUAGUGGAUGGGUUUCAAGGCAUGUAGGAGCCAAGCUGGUGCUGAGCACACAGCUUAGCUUUGUAAACUUAAAAAAAGAAAAAGAGAAAAUAUUAAGCCAUCUUAUAAAUAAGUAAUACAUACACCUCCCAAAUAAUUUUCUUCCCCAUUCCUCAAAUGUCACCUGGCUUCUGCUGUAUUCAAAAGACAAGGAUAUUUUUUUCCUAUGUGAAUAGGGCCCAGAGUUUAAUUUGAUGGAACAUUUUCAGUCAUUUAUAUGAACACAAUGUACUAUUACUAAAUGCUUCAGUUCUCACAUAUAUUGGAAGUGCAUAGUAUAUCACUUUAGUUACAAACUAGAUGAUAACAGAAUGAUUCUUUACGUGGACUUUUAAAUCAAAAACAUAAUAAGGCAUUUAUUUUUUAAAAAAAUCCAAUUGCAGUGAAAAGCACACCAUAACUUCCCUUUCACAAAUGAUGCUGUGACAAAAUUGGUCUUAUCACAAUCAUUUAUAAUUAAGAUGAAAGCAAAUCCUUAUCAAAAUAAAGAUGUAAGGACAUUUUAUGCUGCCCUGUGUAAAGAUUGGUAUUGUUGUGGAAUUAUUCUUUUGUACAAUUCUGAGUCAGCCUCCAGGCUACACAUUUUAAAUGAUGCUUAUGCAAAUAGUCAACAUCAACACAUUUUUUUUAAAAAAAAAUGUUGUAUAAGACCUCUUUCUCGCUACCUUGUAAUGUUUACAUUCCUUAUAGUAUACUGUUGGAAUUAAAUGAGACCUUUGUGAUGUGGUGUAGCAGCUAAGAGACUGAUCUAUGAAUCAAAAGUAUCUGAUUUGACUCUCAGCUCUACCUUAACUCAUUAGGUGAGUGAACCUACAAAGUUGUUGUAAGUCUUAGAAGUCAUAUGCAUGGGAAGUGCUUUGAACACCAAAAAACUCUGUACAAAUGUUAAGCAUUAUUAAUGAUUGUAUGGUAGUAGUAUUAGUAAUAUUGUUGGCGAAGCCCAUCAGGAAGAAGAGCUAAGGUUUUAACUCUAUUGUUUUGUGUAGAUUUCAAAUCCGGGGUCCGCUCUGGGCAUUUUACAAGCUGAGAAUCUCACUACUGUUCAAAUUGAAUAUGAGUCACAGAUUUUUAAUAAGAUGUAGGGAUUACAUUUCAGAAUAUUUUAUCAUGCAGACAAACUAUCCCCAGAGCUUAAAAAAGAAAUACUAGCAAUACAAAAGGAAGAACCCUGAGUGUAGAAAUGCCUGUUCAAGCACAUUUGGCUACAAGGCUAUAAAAUGUCAUUGCUAAAGAAUGUCACUAAUAUAAACUUUUAUUUUAAAUCUUUAAAACUGGAAAGUGCAAACCAUAAGAAAAAGUCUUCAGUUUCAUGCAAUCCCUCUUUAAAGAGGCAGUCAAAAUUAAUGUGGUAAAUAUAUUGUAUUCAUAUUUAUUUUAAGAAAAUCAUGAAGAUAUAAAUUAUUAGGAUUAUCAUAGUUUUGGGAUUAUAAACUGUUCUAACGUUGAGAAGAUUUAUUGUGAAGAUUUGGGUUCUUCAGUAUAGCCAACAUAAGCUAUAAAAUCAGUUCUCCAAAUACCCAUUCAGCAUUUUGCUUUUCUUCAAUACAGUCUUGCCCUCAUUUAUGUAUUUUGUACAGUCUUCAUAAUUUCAUGGUAUUUUAAAAUGCUUCAUUGGUUGCAAGAUACUGACCUUAAUAUAGCAAUAUUUACAGUGCAGUAAAUAUUCAGCACUCAUUCAUAUGUGCAGCAAUCCAUAUAUGUGGUUUCUUGAAACUAUGUAAACAAAGCUACACAUCAUACCCUAAUAGUGGCUCCAUGGAUCUCUUGUUCAUGGAUUUGUACUGGUAUGACUAAAACUGCCCAAAAUAUAUGGAACACCUUUCAUACCCAUAAGGAUGGCAUUUACUCAGUUUUGACCUUACCCUCUGAAUUUUUUCUACUUCUUGUCUUGACCCUGAUGAGAAGCGAGGUUGUUUUUCCCCAGUUCCAUUAAAAAUAUGAAGAUUUUUCACAAAUUGUAUUUAUUAUCAUACGUAUAAAAUUAAGCACGUAUUAUACAAAUAUAUUCAUAUAAUCAGGUUCCCUAAAUUUACCAGCAUAUAAACAGAUCCAUACAAUGCAUACUACUUGAUAAAAAUAUAUGUAAAUUAAUGCUUAUAUGCUCUAGGAAUAUAGUCUCACAUAGAGCUUGACUUUUAUUCAUAUACAAUAGACUUACUUUUUGUAUAUAAUUUUGCAUAUGGGCUUUUUAAAAAGACAAUUAUCCCUGACAGUGCACAAGCAGCUCAGGCAUAAGCAGGUAAGAGAGCGAAUCAAUCGAUAGUGUAUACUUAAAAAAUGCACACUGCCUCUCAGUUUCCUUUAAUUGUCAAAGAAAACAAAUUCCACAGCCUGUCAAGCUAUUUUGUUCCAUUGCUGAACCACUCAAGGUUAGAAAAAUCUUUGCAAUGCAUUUCAUUCAAACCCAGGAAACAGCAGUUGAUAUAAACAUAGAGGAGGUGUUAAUAAAUUGAGCAUUUCACUCAAAAUGUUUCUUCUUGUUGUGAUUCUUUCUCUCUACCAACACACUUAAAUUCAUAAAAAUUUCAUGCUCUAUUUAAGUGAAGGACAAAAUAGUGCUGACUUCAGCUAAGUUUAUAUACAAAGUUUCCCAUGCAGGCCAAUAAAUGUCAGUUCUGAUGUUUCAGCAGAAGUUUCAUAUCAUGUUUAAAUAAUAGUUCUCUAACCCAGCCUUUGGGAUGUUCCCCCCAUGCAAAAAUACACUCAAAGUAAAAUCACUAGCAUAUGCUUCAUCAGAAUUCUGCAUGUGUUAAUAAUAUCAUAGUACUUCUGUCUUCCAACUGUGGAUCUGACAGUGAAAAAUUCAGUACAGCAAUUCAGAUUUGUUUAUGCAGAGGUUUUACUAUAGUAGUUCAAAACAGGAGUUUAGAAAUGUGCAGAAGAUUUGCUGUGGGUUUAGAGUACAAAUGAACUCUGUACUUAGCAGAUGGGCAAGUCUUAUACUUGGCUACACUCCAUAUGGAGUGUUUAUCCUAUGCUAUCCUAUGAGAAUAAAAUGGGAAUGGGGAACAACUGUGCAUUGCACUGAACUCCAUGGAGUAGUUAAUUAACAGAAGAAUUCUAGAAAUUAUUUCAAAAGUUGCUUAUUUACAUUUAAAUUACCAUAUGCAAAUUUUAUCCAUAAUUUUUCUCUUUUUCAAUUAUGCAUAUGCUAUUCAUUAUGUGAUGUGUAAGUGGGCACAACAGAUCUAAGAGUGGUUUGGUGAUGAACCCUCUGCCUUUUUGGUGGCCUUCGCCCACUUACCUCUCUGGACUAAUGUCCCAUUUUAAACAAGUUGCCAGCCAAAUGUGUUGUAGAGGUUGUCAAACCAUCAUUAGUCUGGUUUGGAGACAGUGGCUAGAUACUAACUUACAUUAAAAUAAAUUAGUUAUCCAUCAUUUAUAGAUACCCUUUGCAUUUUUUUACUGUUUGCCUUGAAUGCAAUAGAGAUUAUCCAUAUUUGAUAGCCCUCACCACCAUUUUAUCCUUUAAAUUAGUCAUUAUUUAAAUUCGGAAUCCUUUCUUUCCUCAUGAAGAAUGGAGAUUUGCACUAUUAACUAAAUGCCUAGUAGCAGAAUUCAAAGCUCUAAUUUCCGAAGUUCAAACCAGGAUAUUGGUUCAAAGUGAAUAUUUAAAUAGUUUUCAUGGAAACUAUCCCAUUAGGAGGAUGACAGUUCAACCAUUUUUCUUUUUGGUGAGAAAGAAGCACAUUGUAACUUUUGGCUUUAAAAGUAAUUCCCUGCAGCAAGACAAUUCCAUGCUUAAGCUGUUCAAAUUCAAAUUAUUACAGUCAUUGUGUUCUACUUUACUUUUCUACUUCCUUUUAAAAAGAAGAAAAAUAUUUUAAAUCAAACUUUUUUGGAGUAACUACAUAGCUGUCACAAAUUGUAAUCGCAUUUCUCAUUGAGGCUAUAAUCCUAAACAUCAUUUCUGGGUAGUCUACUGAAGUCAGUGGAAUUUGUAUCCAAAUAAGCAAUCUGUCUACUAUCUGAUUAAACUUAGAGCAAUUCUUUUUACUUUAAACAAGUCCACAGUAAAGGAUGGGAAAUCGUAGCCUUAGUCUGAAAAAAAUUCACAAUAAUUGCUGCAUAGAUCCUUGGGUUCAGAACUGUCAUUGCCAUACUGGAUGAGUCAGGUGCAGCCAACACCAUUUUUAGCAUUUUGGCAUAUCAGAUACAUAGGCUUGUGAUGGCUCUAAUACAUAUAAUGUAGCGAUUUGGUGGUUUUCUGCUCCUCACAUGCCUGCUCCUAUAUCUGUUUUUGUGAUGGAUGGCUUCAUAUGAUAGAACAUGCACACAUUCGCAAGCACCCAUGCCAAAAUAAACUUGGUUGUGUCAGUACUGCUUGUUGCAUGCCACCCCAAUCUCUGAAUGGUGUGAGGCUCCAGGCCUUACCCAAGAUUUGUGUUUCCUUUUACAAAUGAGGCACAGUGGAGACUGUGAUGCCUUUAUUAUUGUUGUUAUUUAGUCAUUUAGUUGUGUCUGACUCUUCGUGACCCCAUGGACCAGAGCACGCCAGGCACUCCUGUCUUCCACUGCCUCCCGCAGUUUGGUCAAACUCAUGCUGGUAGCUAGGGGAACACUGUGGUUUAUUUGUGCAUACUGCAUAUACAAUCUGAGUCUACGAUGGAGAGGUUUCCAAGAGGGUCUCUUGCUUUCCCGUAGGCACAACAGCCUUGGAUUAAAAUCAGAAAUCAGACAUGUGUUCUGUCUCCUUCUUACAGCCUGUCCCAGUUUUUGCCAGCGCAUCACUGCCAACUUUCAUCCUAAAAAUUCUGGCCUUUUGUCUCCUACUUACUACCUCUCUAGAGGAAGGAGGGGCUCACACCCCCACUGCUGUCCAGCACAAAGUAACUGCUUUGUUAAUCACUCACCUCCCUUCCCCCCUUGUUUCCAUAAUGACUCGGUUAUUAACAAGCUUUGCUCUCCUAAUAACCCGUAACAAACUGAUGAGCGAUCACCAGGUUGGCCUGCCUUGUAUUUUUAACUUAAGAGAUUUGUAAUGGUUUAACUUCCCAAAUCUUGAUUAAGUCUACCUUUUAUUGGACCCAGGAAUUUAGGGUGUCACACACCCCAUAAACUGGUAACAGUAUCAUGGGUUGGUUUGCAGUGUUGCCAUAAUGCAUUGGAAAAUCUGGUAAGUGCCUUCUGGACAACAUUUCCUGACUGCAUUUCCUAAACAUGCAAAACCAAACCAAAAUACACUUGCAUAAAACCUUUGCCUCUAAUAUAAUAAAAAAGAAAUCCAUACAGUUUUUCUUAUAAGGAGCUAAUGCCUACUAUGGGCUGUUUAGUUUUCAAAAGCAUCCAUGCUACAGUAACAUUCAACAGACUUCCAAUCUUUAAUGGCAAAUAUAUAAACUAUUACUUACUUAAAAUCAAAGAGCUUGAAGGAAUGUCAGGUAUUGUCUAGGUACAUACAAAUGCGGAGACAGGAUUCCCUGUAAUUAAGCCUUCUCUGAAAGAACACUCCUUGGCAUGUCUUUAAAAAUAUUUCUUAUAGGAGAUAAUCUGUGGGCCACUAUGUUAUAUGUUACUCUUGGAUUCAGAGUAAAUGUGCAAGAUUGUAUAUGGAACAAGUACUUAGGGUACCAACAUUGGAAGGGAGGAGGAUGGAACUUCUAGUUGACUUGAAUAUGCACCUCAGAGUGCUUUGUGUAGCAUAUCGUGCACUACAGCAUCUUAUAUUUUUUGAGUUAUAAGCUUCAAUAAAAAAAAAUCAAAAAAGAACCAAUUCUAAAAACAAAAAUGAGGUGAGCAGCAUAAUUUAUAAAUACUAUGCUUAUAGAGGCACCAUUUGGGUAUGUGUAUUUUGCCUCCAGCCAAACAGACACAUAGGCUGUACAUGUACACAUCAUUCAUAAUAUUUUGGAAAUACUUUCUUUGUGCAAAAAACAAGAGAGUGGAAAAUAAAAAGUAGCAGAAAAACUCUGGCUUCAUUAACUUAUUCCUCAACAGUAUUCAUCAGUUCUUACUUGUAUUGAGAAACAUUUGCUAAUUGCCACCUUACCAUUCCUAUAGGUCAGAUCCACUGCCUGCUGCUUCUCUCUGUGGCAAAGACUAAAAACAGUGAAUUCCAUUAUCUUUAGUGCAGUUCUUUAAAUAUUUGAAAGUAGAUCUAUCCUCAUUUCUCAUAUUUAAUGUAGUAUUAACAUAUUUUAAAAACUUCUCUUUCAUUUCUUCAUGGAUGUGUUUGCACACAUAGUCAGUGAAUCCCAAGUCAUGGACCCGACUGUACAUUUGUGGUCAAUAAUGGCUAUAAAUGGUGAGUUUGGGUCUAACCAGGCAUUCUGAAGGCAUUCAAUAUUUGUCUUAAAUUGAAUUAUCCAUUGUUUCCAAUUCCAAGUAAUCAUAGAUGAAGCCAAACUUUGCUUCUUUAUGCAUGUCCAAAUUUGUUCUUUUUGGAUUUAGUGAGACUAAAUCCCUGCCACCUCCCUUCCAAACAUUAUUCUUUAGAGAAUUAUGUUUGCAUUUCAAAUAAAAAAUGUAUUCAGUAUAUUCGACUAACUUAGCACAUGCUUUUAUAGUAUCUUUCUGCCUUCUCAGCUGUCUGACAGGUAAUAAGAGAUUGUGGGUUAUAUAUUUGUUUAUUAACAUUGCUAUUCAAGUUGUACCACUAGAAAAAAAUGAUAUUAUGUCUGCUUCUGUUGUACAUUUAUAAGGGUGAAAUGCUCCUCUUGUGAAAUUUUGUCAUCUGUAAAAGCUGCUACUGUAGAACAAUGAGAAAUUGACAUACUUUAUAUUGAGGUCUGUUCUGACUUUAAACAGACACGUGCAUAGUAUUGGAACACAGUUAUUGUUUUUGUAAACCAAAUAAUGUAUUUUGGAGCUUGCUUACAUGUGUAUUUUAAAUAGGCAACACUAAUUAGACAAGUUACAGAAUCUAAUUUAAGUUUUGGGAAAUAGGAAGUAUGCUGCAAACAUUGUGUGGAAGAACUAUGAAUAAAUAGCUGCACUUGUAAUUCCUACUAGCAGGGCACAUUUGGAUGACAUGAACAUACGAAAUAAAGAAAUUCUAAUUUGAGUAUGUUGGAAAGGCAGAGCUGUGUGAAAUCUAUAUACUUAUAGAUAUUUUUAAAACUUUAUUUUGAUGUCUCUAGGGCUGCCUUUUUCAAUCUUCGGUCCACAGAUGUUGUUGUCGUUCAUCAGGGGACCCAAUAUUGAGAUAGGUUGUUAUAGUGUAUGUAGAUAUGCAUGCAAACAACUUUUAUUCCAUUUUCCUCAGAACAAUUGCACAGCAAAUAUGAAAAGCUGUAAAAGUUAGUAAUAGACGUUAUGGAAUUUUAUAACAGUAAGGGGAAGAACUCUGGUAGUUGAAGUGGUAUUUAUGAACAGAUGCUCAUCUUUGUGGUAUAUCAAUCAAUAUACAGACAGAAUGCUACUCAUCUAUUGCCUGUCUCAAAGGCCUUUGUAGCUCACAUGCUUAGUAUUAGUGAUUUUCUUCCUCAGGUGCAACGGUGCACACAUUUGGAGGCUUUGUUUCUAUAGGAGUGGUUAGAGCAAACAUAAUACGUUCUGUUGUAAUGCAUCUGUUGUCACCUUCAAUGGCUAUAAACGUACUGUAUUUUUCGCCCUAUAGGACACACCGGCCCAUAGGACACACCUAAUUUUUUUUGGGGGGGGAUAAAGAAAAAAAUUUUAUUCCCCCCCCCCCCAGCUGCGGCUUCAGCGCGCCCCGCGCUUCAGGCAGCAGGCUUCUAUCCGCAGCCUAGGGAGCCCUGCGGGAACUCCCGCGGGCUCCCCAGGCUUGCUGAUAGUUUCCUGAAGCCUGGAGAGUGAGAGGGGUCGGUGCGCACCGACCCGUCUCGCUCUCCAAGCUUCAGCGAAAGCCUGCAUUCGCCACAUAGGACGCACACAGAUUUCCCCUUCAUUUUUGGAGGGGAAAAAGUGCGUCCUAUAGGGCGAAAAAUACGGUAAUAGGUUUUUCUCAUUCCCACAUGGAGAGUCAUGUUUGCUUCCAGUUGCUAAGCAGGAAGAGUUAGCAGGAGGCAGGGACUUAUUUGCCUCAGAUUAAUGGGUCUUCUCAUGGUCAAAACCUAAGAUGGUGCCAUGCUUUCCCCCUAUUUAAUUGUUGCAGCUCCAUUGCCAUAGCACAGUUGACAAAAAAGAAUUGCACUUAGUAGUUCUCCUUUUUGGUGGCAGGCCAGUGUGGGCUGAAACUGAUUGCCUAUGAAAGCUAAUUGGGAACUUUUUCCAUUAUUGCCUCUUGCUUUGUGGGUCUUUUCUCCUUUUCUGAAAUACUUAUGAGUAGAGCAGUCCGGCCUCUGGAUCUUUCAUGCUGGAGGAGGGUUGGAUACUUCUACCUAGUUUAGUCUGGCUGUUCCCAGCUUACCCAUAGGGAAUAGACAGUGCAAACUGCCAAAAUACUGGGGCAAGGAGGAGGAGGAGUUCAAAUAGACAAGGAUCUGCAGGACCCUUAGCCAGUAACAAGUUAUGCUGAGAGACCUAAUCUGGGUCUGUUUGCUGUUCAGGCAUGAUCACUUCCUGUGAAAUUGCGGGUCUGCCUCAUAUAACAGUCCAAAGGAUUUUAAAGAAAUCUCUCAUGGACCAGUUGGUCUGCUGCAAAGCAGCAGAGGCUCGUGAGUGUGUGCACUUGUGUCCACAUGGACCUCUGUGCAUUCUGGGGUCUAAUUGUAGCCUUUGGAGUGAUGUAGCUUCAAAAAGGUUUAUGGCAAUAUUCUAUGCCUCCUUCAGGGUGCUCUUCCUUCCUGGGUGAAUUCAUGUACGAGGCUGUGGAAAGCAUAGCUUUAUGAUAACUUUCUCCCCACUUUUAAAUAAAGACUCUCCUUCAUGUGUGCGUGUGUGUGUGUGUGUGUGUGUGCGCGCGCGCGUGCAUGUUUAAUGACAGUGAAAAUUUUCAAAUUCAUGCUGGAGUGAAAUACAAAUAAAGUGGAAUUUUCUCAUUUUCCUUCUGUAUGGAGAAUAGAGCAGUAUGAUUAGUUUCCUACAUGGCUACACUUUGACACAGCUGUAGUAUUCAGAUCUGCAACUAAUAUGUAUGCCUAGAAGUGCUAUCUUCUGAUGCAUUAUUUAACUUUUUGCAUAUAGUAUGAUCUUUUAUUUAUUCUGUGUAAACUUUAUUCUUCAUGAUGAUGUUCUUACAUAUAUUAUCCAUAAUCAUCCACUCGGUACUGCUGGCUUGUUGUACGGUAUUUAUCUUUACUAUCUACUCUGCAAGUGUUUGCAGAGUAAUAGCAAAUAAGUUCAAAUUUUCUUUUGAACGUACAGAUACGAAAUAUGCCAAUAUUCUCAGUGUCAAGGUUAUAACCAUGACUUAGAUUUCAAUCCUGAAUAAAUCUAAUUGGAUAAAAUAUAUGUUGAUUUAAAAUAAGACUAAAGGGUUAUUCAUAUCUGUGUGUCAGUCAUAUGAAGUACAGUCUUCACAUGACAAUUGUGCCACAUCAGUUUCAUAUGGAAAGUCACCUGUUCAUAUUGCUCUGAUAAGAAAAGCUUGAUCCUGGAAUAUAGCAUGACAAACAAAAUACAGGAAACCUAAUAUCCCUGCUGUUGCUGUGGCUCACUUUUCACACGAAGGUCAUUUUAGACAAAUGCCUUCCCAUAUGAAAGUAAGUUAUAGCUUGUAUGUGCAAACUGUACACAUAUAUUUCGUGCCUGCUUGCAAAUGUGUAUUGAGGUUCAGUAACUUAACAGGCUGUUUAUUAAGACAAAUCCCGUUUACCUUUUCAACUGUGAGGCCACAGUUGUGGCGCAAUGCAGCUGGCUGUCAUUGCUGGGGCUCCUCUUCCCACACACCUCAACAGCCAUCGGGAGAAUCAUUUCCUCUCCUGUUGCCUGGGUGGGGGGGAAGGGGUUGAAUUUUUCCCACCCACAAAUCUAGGAAUUGUGGGUGAGUUUUGAGCACAUCGCCAGGGGGUGGAUCCAGUGGCGCAGGAAGUGGGGUGCGGUAGAUAUGGUCAAAACCCAGGGGUCAUCACUGAGGGGGGUGACAAAAUGGCAAAGAUAUGUGUUUUUGGAAAAAAAUAACUCCCGCACCCACUGCACCCCCUUCUUACGCCACUGCAGGAGCACUUUCCCCUCAAGUGAUUUCCAGAAACCAGAAGUAUUGCUGCCUCCAACUUUGCAGGCAGAGCACAGUCUUUAUGGCUAGUAGCUUUCGACAGCCCUCUCAUCCAUGUAUCUGCCCAAUCCAGAGGCGUAGCUAGGUGAGGCAGGGGGCACUGGGUGUCACACCGCAGGGCCUGCAGCAUGCCUGAGCUAUGCAUUUCUCCUGAGAGGGAGGCGGCAGGCAGACUGCCUGCAAGCUCCUGACAUCCACGCUGCUUUUUGAGCAGCGCGGGGCUUGUGUCUGCCCACUGCCUCAGCCGCCCUACAGCUGAGGGGGAGGCUGCAGAGAGACUCCACGCAGCACACCCUGCCUUGGCUCACCCCGCCCCCAUGGGCAGCUCACUCCGCUCCCGGUUGCAAGAAUCCUAGGGGAGGUGCUUCUGUCCGAAUGCCCAGACAAGGGCUGAGGGGUGAUCCUUAAGAGUUGGUCUUAUUCAAUGUACCGUAUUUUUUAGUGUAUAAGACUAGAUUUCCCCCCUAAAAACAUAAUGUUAAAAAUUAGGGGGGGCAUCUUAAACACAGAUAUAUCUCCCCCCAUUUCCCUAAAUCUGAGUCCCCCAAAAUAGGGGGGCAUCUAAUACAUGGGGGCGUCUUAUAGACGGGAAAAUCCAGUAUGUCAUAGGGCAAUCCAAACCCAGGAUCAAACCCCAAUUGUAAUCAGCUAGCAGACUGACUGGAUGGUUCAGGAUACCCCUAAGCCUACUUACAUCUGUAAUCAAUAAACGUUGUGGCCUGUUUCGAUCCCAGAUCAUCCACUUAGGUAAUUUUUUGCUUCUCACUCCCCAGCUUCAGGGGUGGUGGGCUCACUGCACCUGGGCACGCAACUGAAUAUUAAUACACAUUAUCGUGUGGUUAAAAGUCAUCUAGAGGAAAAUAAAAUAAGAAUCAUUAGAAUGAUAAUAGCCUGAUCCUUAAUAUGCAUCUGAUUUCUAUAUUUGUGUUGGUUUCCUUGCAAUUUUAAGGUCAGUCUUCUAUACUGGCAACAAUUGAAAGUGUGGAUAAGGAUUAAUUUUUUUCAUGAAUUGUAUUUUCUUUUCAGUGGGAUGCUAUAACAGAAAUGGAUGAAUAUAAUCGCCCCAUCCACACUUACCAGGUAUGUAAUGUUAUGGAACCCAACCAGAACAACUGGCUUCGUACAAACUGGAUCUCCCGUGAUGCAGCUCAGAAAAUUUAUGUGGAAAUGAAGUUUACACUGAGGGACUGCAACAGCAUUCCAUGGGUACUGGGAACAUGCAAGGAAACAUUUAACCUCUACUACCUGGAAUCAGAUGAAUCCCAUGGAAUUAAAUUCAAGCCAAACCAGUACAGUAAAAUUGAUACUAUUGCAGCUGAUGAGAGUUUUACUCAGAUGGAUUUGGGUGAUCGCAUCCUUAAACUGAACACAGAAGUUCGUGAGGUGGGACCAAUAAACAGGAAAGGAUUUUUUCUUGCUUUUCAAGACAUUGGUGCGUGCAUUGCUUUGGUCUCUGUCCGUGUUUACUACAAAAAGUGUCCUUUCACUGUUCGGAAUUUGGCUAUGUUUCCUGACACUAUUCCAAGGGUUGAUUCUUCAUCUUUAGUGGAAGUACGAGGUUCCUGUGUGAAGAGUGCUGAGGAGCGGGACACUCCAAAAUUAUAUUGUGGAGCAGACGGGGAUUGGCUUGUGCCUCUAGGACGAUGCAUCUGCAGUGUUGGGUAUGAAGAAGUGGAUGGUUCCUGCCACG